AUGACGCCGGUGGAUGGACGCUGCUCCUCCCAGGUAAGGAUAAAGUUUUUCUUUUUAUUGUUAUAAUGUACUUUUCAUCUGCCCCCCUGUCCCGGGUUGUGCGCUUCAGAAAUGCCCGUGAUACAAUGGAAAUUGCUCAGAUUAUAGGAUGUCGCUCUUUGACAAUGUUGGUGCGUAUUACACAAAAUUGGACAGAUGGAAGGUGGUACUGUAUGACAAGUUAUAAACCUUAUCUACUUUAUGAUGGGUUUGUUUGUUUGCAUCAUAUGCUAUGAUUAAAUACUGAGGCUUCUUUCUGCUUUAUUUCAUUUUAUAUAAUUCUAAUGUUUAUUUUAGGGUUAACUGCACUGUUUCUCGUUUGUGUGCUCCAAACCAGAGUAAUACUGGGACAUGCCAGAGCCACAGAUGCCGUCAGCAUAAGCUUCUAGCUGGACAAGGAUGUCACUGUAUGGUUUAUGAAGCAAAAACUUAAAUACUGUGAAAAUCUUUAGUACAGUCUGGUUUUAUUGAGCAUGAAGCUACAGAAAAAUUUGGGUCAAUUUGUGCAUUUUUGUGUGCAGUGCCAAUACAGAGCUUAAUGGGUUUUCGAGGUAUUAUAAAUGGGUGAAUAUAUUUUGUUCUAGGGACUGGUUGUGAUUCAGUGGGAUGAUUUAAUUUCCACAUGGCCUAGCUGUUAGCGCAGGGAGGCUCAUAAUGAGUUUUUAAACUGUUUUGAAAGGACUCAUCAGCAGGUUUUCAACUGCGUACAAGAAUGCUUUCUCUUUUUUCCAUGGCCAAUUGAUGUUGGUCCAACAGCUACUAUUCAAACACAACAAAAAGCCUUAAACGGUGCGGCCCUGGACUCCUCACUCAGUCUAGGCUACAUGCCCAUGAUAGAGAAUACACAGGAAAGAAGGCUACUGGCAGAUUCAAUCUCAUUAUUUCCAUCAAACACUCUCACACUGAUACACUCCUCUCUGCGCUGCAAGCUUGCAUGCCAGCCCUCCUGUUGUCCUGUCACUCUGUACACUCUGUAGGGGAGACCAUGUAGCCCUGCAUGGACUCGUGGUUGGCUUGACUUCUAUUGUCCUUUAUAUUCCUUAUCCAAAUAAUCCAGCUCUUGCUCCAACUCGAUAACAAAUUGGUAUCUUUGGAAUAAAUUUGCCAGGAUCUCUCUGGGGAUCAAUAAGCAAUUGGAAUAAGCAGACUGUGGACCUGUGAGGAGCUUUCACUGUGUGCUUGUGACAGUGUGGACUGUGUCACAUGCUCCAUCUCUCAUCUUUUCCUGGCAAAGCCCAACUGCUUAGUGCCCAAUAAAGCAGAAAAUGUGAUGAAAUUAAAAAGAAAAAGGAGUCGAGAGAGAGACAUGCAUCCGCUCUUAAUUUAAACAGAGAUUAUCAUUCAAUUUGACAUUUCCUUCAUGGUGUUGCAAUGCUUCAAGAAAUUCCUGAUAAUGCUUAAACAAAUUAACCGUGGCUGCUGAGGCUCAACAGUGUCACCAUGUUUCAUUAGAUCUGAUCACAAAUUACAGCUUUAGAAAAAAAUAAAAAACACUAUCUGUAAUGAACAGAAAUGGAUGAAAAUGAAAAAGGAAGUAGUGGACAAUGUUAGAAUUAAACUUAACACUUAAUUCUACUUAUUGCAAUAUGAGAGAAAAUGUCUAAGCUACUUUAUCUGUAUGUCCAGAUUGUUCAAAGCCAGUCAGGAUUACAGACAUCAGCAGUAAUGGCCUGUUGUCAUCACUGAAUUGUACAGCUGUAGGAUUAUAAUGAAGGGGUCUUAGUGCUUCCUGUGGCCUCCGCUGACUCUUGUGUUUGCACCUUUUCUGGUGUCUGUUAGUCUCUUCUGUUUAGCUUUAUGUAGAUUUAUACUUCCUGCCCAAGACUGCUGCUGGCUGUGAUUCUUCUCCUGAAGGUCGCUUUUUGUUUUAGAGAAAUACACAGAAGCAAGUUUUUUUUUUUCCUCUUUUCUUUUGCUGUUUUGCUAGAGGGUGAAGGGUCUCAUGGACAGGAUGGCAGCCUUGACAGUCAGCGCAGUUCCGGUUUGUUUUUGCAGAACUGCAGUGCCAGCCAAAGCGGCAACACAGCAGAAACACACACACACACAUAUACACAGUACCAUAAAUACCCAACAGAGCUGCAUAAUAUAUCACAUUUUCAUCAAUGUCUCAAUGUGAGCACUCAUAAACACUUUGCAAAAGUCUGAAUUUUUGUGCAAGAAAAACAUAUUUUAUGUAAACAAACAAUACUUGUGUCCCAGAAUGCACACAUUGUCGUCUUUGAAUGUGGGAGUUAGCAUAAUGGCUUUACUCUUACACCAUUUUGUUGCUCAAGCUAACUCUCAGACAUCCUCACAUAAAGAACUCCUUUAUUCAAGAUACUUUUAUCAUGUAUAUUAGAUUUUGCCAAUAUUCGAUAUGCUAAUAUUUCAGGCUCAUUGAGUUUCCCCUCAGGGAUAAGUAGAGUAGAUCCUUUUGGCAGAUACCAAUACCAACAUCAACUCAGAUAUAGCCAACUUUCCUUCUCUGUCAAGAACACCAAGUCUCUGUUGGACUAGAUUUUCGCUUUAACUCUCGUGGUGACAGUUUGUUUGUUUUAGAAAUGGAUAAAAUUCUAGACAAACAACAUUUGACUCUUCUAUAAAUGAUAAAUGUGUACUUUUUCAAAUGUCGACACGCAGUAUUUUGUCUGCUGUCUGUUUAACACUUAAUAAUACUUCCAUUCAGUUGAGAUGCUGAAGCUUGUUGUUUGCAAGUGAGCUCUGCACAUAAUGUAUUACUUAAUGGGUUGUACACAUCUUUAUAGGUCUGCUGAUACCCCAAAUUAACUCGACCAAUUUCCUGCUAAUAAAAUCCUGCGUUGCUAGUUUACCGCACUUUAUAUUGUUAGCUUAAUCAUCAGUAAUAUUAAAUUUGUUGAAUAUUGUGCAUGCCUAACACACACACACACAUAUGCAUCCAUCCAUAUAUUGCUGUCUGCUUCCACACCAUCCUUUUGUUAACUUAAGGUUCAGGCUGUUCCCAGCACGGCCAUGACAGGCACCCAGGACCCAGACCUGCAUGAGCAGCGCAGAGGACCAACGCAGGAGGAGGGGGACGAGGAAGAGGAGGGGGAGAGGGUGCAUGUGUCAGUGGAGAGAGAGGAGAGGGAGCGGGACGGUGAAGAAGAAGAAGAAGAGGAGGAGGAGGAGGAGGAGGAGGAAAAAGAGGAGCUGCCGUACCCCACCCUAGCACCCGUGGUUCUCUUGGCUCUGACCCAAACGAGCCCACCCCGCUCCUGGUGCCUCCGAGCCGUCUGCCACCCAUAUCCUCCACCUAUAGCGCAGCAAACGUGCGCGAGUGAAAACUAGAGUGUGGCUGUUUGUAAUGUAAGAGAAUGAUUGUGUGAUUGUGUUGAAGCUCUGCACUCUCUCAAAUCUGUCGUACCUACACGGCACUUUGCGCUUUAAUGUUUACAUAAGGGGGAUGAGAAAAAGGUCAGCAUGUGUGUGUAUGUGUGUGUAUGUGUGUUUGGAGUACCUCAUGUAUUUCCUCGGACCCAUUAACUGUAGGAAAAGAUGGCAAACAUUUUUCCCAAUUGGGGGUUUCCAUAGUGACAAGCCCCUAAUGAAUCUCCAGGGUUACAGCCGCCUGUCAGUUGCAUUGUUACCGGCCUCCAUUUUUACAGCACAGGGAGUCACAAAUAGUAAAAAAACUCACAUCACCUCCCGGACCUCGCUCCGGUUCUGUCUUCAUUGUCUCACCUCUCAUUCCCCUCCCUGUCUCUCACUCUCUCUCUCAGCCACUUCUGCUGUAGAUGUGAAGGUGCGAUUGUGUGUGUGUGUGUGUAGUUAUCAACACUCUGGUGUGUGAGUGUGUAUUAGCAGCAAUGAAUACUCCGAAGCAUGCCUAAACGUCAGUAACACCUCAGGGAUUUGUCAAGGCUCUCCAAAUUGAAUAUUUUCCACCAGUUAUGACUCCAUGUGUGCAUGUGGUAUGUGGGUGUGUGAGCUCCCUGGCUUGUGCGCGUGUCGUUGUGCGCCUGUCUGUGGGUAUUUGCCAUUGUCAGCACUCUGUGUUCUCCAUGAAAUAUAAAUACAUAAUUGCUGAAUAAAUAAAAAUGUACACCAAGAGGGUAAGAAAAAGAAUAAACUACAAAUGCCAAGCUCCUCUGUCGCCUGCUGAACAUUGUACUCUCAGUGUGUCAGCACCAACUUACCGGACACACUCACAUUCACAAGAGAGCACAUACACACACACAACAGCGAGCGAGUGCCCUCACACAAGUGAGGGAAUCUCCCACGGAGAGGCUCUUUAGAGGAAUCACCUGGUUGCUUGGCAACAGUGUAGCUCCGCCUCGACGGCCCUGUUACUUCCGAUUGCAAUGUUUGUUUUUGUGUUCCAGUUUGUCUGUCUUCUUACGGCCGGCCAUGCAGAGCCACUACAGACAUGUCCUGCUCAUGUUUAUCUGUAUUAACUUUGCAUUUGAUGGUGUGUGUGUGUGUGUGUGUUUGCGUUUGUGCCUGUUUGUGUGUUUCUUUGAGUGAUCUGCGGGGGAAGUAAUGUGGGUGGACAUUGUUCGACAGGGACAUUAAUGUGAGCGCACCAGGGUGGGGGCAGUUCCCAAGAGCUAGAAGUCACAUUUUCCCUGAGGUGACCCCUCUUUACUUUCCUUUUUUCUUUUUCUUUUUUGCACUCAGUGGGUAUUAUAAAAUUAAUUACCUAUCUCCUUGGCUUCCUUUUCCUCCCUCUGUGAAAACACACUCAUCCUCCUUUUGUGCCGUGUUUACAACAUACUGUACAUCUAUCCACUCAGGCGCACAUCUAACAAAUUUAUUUGGAACAAAAACAAGAUUUGCUUUCACUAUUAUAUAACACUCUCUUGUCUUCCUUCCAAGCUGCAUUGAUUUCUGUUAUUUCCGUUUUUCUCCUCUACUUUGUGAAGUGCUGAGCUUUCAACGUGGCAGUCAUUACGCUCCUUUAAAGUGUAACGUAUGAUAGGCAUAGAAACACGCGCACACAUGUAGGGAGAAGUGGGGGGAGUCACACACACACACACACACUAACACGGGACAUAAGUUAUUCAGUAGUGCAUAAAACAUUCAGAGCAUUUCCUUUUGUUUAAAGAUGAGAAAAGCUGUAUCUGUCACUCCUUUACAAGUACCUUUCUCUUCCUGCCUUUCUUCUUCUUCUUCUGCUCUCCAUCUCUCAUCCCUCCUUACUCAGUAUCACUCCUCUGUCCUGCUGUUUAUUCCUCUUUCACUCUCCUGUUUCAUAAACUGCCUCUUAAUUGGGCCGAGGUGUGUGUGUGAGUGUGUGUGCGUGUGCGGGGCUGAUAGGGAGACGGCAAUGGAUAAGAGGCGGUCUUACUCAAACUAGGGUGAGCUGUCAGAAUCAUUUCAGCCAAUUAGCAUGAUUCCAGCAAGCGUUUCCACGGUUACCAGCUAUCACACUUAUUGUGGGCAAGCCAGAAGACUUGACAACUUGACAGUAACUUUACUUGGUAUCUGUUUCAGAGACUCUUUCCCUUCUCUCUUGUUCCAGCACAGAAACAUACACUCACUACACAUAAGGCUUAACUGUGUGCGUAUGGAGUCCAGUGUACAAGUGUGGGUCCAAUCAGCAAAGAACAUGAGAACACUAGAGAGCAGGUCGCUCAUUUACUCACAGCUGUUCACAUUUGAGGAUUCCCUCCCAGACCAUUUUUUAAAAUUAAAUUCCAUCAACAGAAUAAUAAUGACCAAAAAUGGAUAACGAAUCAGCUUUAUUUCAUCAUUAAGAAACACUCUUGGCUCAGUUUUGCGGCUCUUCCCUCAUUUUCAGGUUACAGUCUAACAGGAGGAUCUUUAUGCCAGAACAGUGCUGUGACCAUGAUUUAUAAAAGGUGGAUGUAAUCUUGGUGGCGUCACCCAUUGGUUUCCAAAGUGGCGAUUUGAAACCCUAUGAUAGCCGUAGUCACAUUGGAAAUGCUGACUCAACCUGGCUUUUGGUCAACCUAGAAACUGACAAAGAGGGUCAAGACAGGCCUUAAGCCUCCUGGCACACAGCUACGUCUCGCUGAGCUGACAGUCAAUUCAGUCGUGCCCUUAAUUAUGCAUAACUCAAAGUCUUAAUAUCUUCUAAACAGCUGAGUUAUGAAAAAAAAAACCUCAGCAGCAGCUUGAAUGAAUAAGGAAAUAAACAAUUUAGACCAAAACUAUUUUGUACCAGGCUGUCAAUGUUUAUUUCUGCUGUAAAAACAGACACAACAGACCACACACAGAGACUCAUUUCACCAGCAGCCAGAGUACAGACUCUUAUGCCAAAACAAUUCGUAAAGUCCCUUCCGUCAAACGUGACCUUUGAGUAAACAAACAUGGCAAACUACAGGAGCAAACAGCUGCUAGAGGCCUCGUGUCCAUUUCUUGUCAUUGCCUCUCCUUGUGAUUUUAAUUCACAAGGAUUACGUCAUCGAUUCUAUAUUUCAGUCUAUGUUUCAGGUUUACUAUUGUUGCCAUGGUUGUAUUUGUUGUGUUUCCGUCUUUAGUCAGCUUACUUCCUGAUUGGCUAUUAAGUUGGUCCACGUGACAAAGGACAGUCUGUAUGAUUAGCUGUCCUCUGGUUCCCCCAACAUGUAAAAAUUUUGGAUUUUGAAUGUUGAAUAUGUUUAAUAUUUAUGAUUCAAAGUUGAACAAGGACCGCAAGUUAGCCACAGCUAGAAGUCCUGCAUAAUUCGAUCCAACAAUGCCUGAUGUACUGUCCCUGUCAAAUAAACGAAUGAAAAAAAAAAAAAAAAAGUUGGAGGAAAAAUCUCUCCUUACACGCCUCACACCACAGGCAAUCUUCAGAACCAUCAGAUAAUCUGACCUUUGCUGACUUUUGUUGAUAGGGGGAGGGGAUGAGGCCCCAAAUCGUCAUGAUUGUCUUGUAGCGUAGCAUGUAUACCAGUUUAGGCAUCACAGAAAAGACAAAAUGUUUAAUUGUAGAAAAAAUAACAAACAGAGAUGUAAUUACAAUAAUAACACUAACAUUGUGGAAUAUUGACUGUAAUCCGAUGAUACAGUCAGAGUUUCAGGAGCAGGUACAGCAUCAGUGUUGAUUUCUUCACAUUAAUGUUUGAAUAAAUAACAGGAUGGUGAAUCUCUAACUGAGUAGGACAUGAACUCCUCUGUGAUGCUCUGAAGGAAGAGACACCCUGACUUAAUGUGGUUGUCCUAAAUGGAGUUGUGCAGUCCCCAAGAGCUACUCCUGUGGUGUUUCUGUUUGUGGUUGUUUUAAAGUUGAUGAAGCUAGACAGGGGAGGUGGACGUUGGUACUAACUGCAGACGGAGACAACUCCUGUUUACCUUUGACUUCAGCUUUACUACAAAUUCGUUGUUUGUCCAAGUGAUUAUUUUGACCUUAUGGUGCAAUGAAGUAUCAUUACAUCAUAUGAAUGCUAAUUAUUCACACUCGAGACAAGCCUUCAAAUAAUUGUUUGAACUUUUUCGGAUGAUUUUAUUCCCCUCCUUUACACAGCUAAAGUGAGAGGUGUGUAUCAGACAGUGCAGUUUCUCAGCUUGACGUUGUCUGGAUAUUUCUUCAGUCGGAGCCUGCUGGUGGACUACAUGCUCAAAAGAUGGAAGGCUAAAAGUUUGAGUGCAGCAAUGGUGCAGGGCAGCGGUGGCAUUGGCAAAGUAGUGAAAUUUGUGCAGCUUAAAGGGAUAUUCCAGCAUAAAAUUAAUUUAGGGUCAAACACAUUUACACUGAGUUAGACAUCCCCUUGAGAGAUGAAUGUUGCCGACCGCUUGCUUCUCUAGUUAUACCAACUUAGUAAGAACCACACGAUAGCAAUAUACAUCGGUCUGAGGAGCCAUAAACAAACCUCAACCAAAAAGCCACUCUAUAGCCACAAAUAAUGCUCAGAACAUCACCUAACUUCAUCAACAGUACAUAUAGGGUCCCAGCCACAGCACUAGCCACGAAUCAUCUUUUUAACUUUGCCUAAUUUCUUUAGCAAAGAGACUUAACACAACUUACCUACUCUCUUCCAGCAGCCACUUGUUUGUAGCGAGACCUCGGGCUAAUCCAUUACGGACUGCAGCAUUGUGACGCAGCUCAAGGAAGAACGUGAACUGUAUACCUUGCCCUGGUUGUUGGUGCUGUUCUGAGCAUUAUUUGUGGCUAUAGAGUGGCGUUUUGGUUGAGGUUUGUGUGUGGCUCCUCAGGCCGCUGUGUAUUGCUAUCAUGCGGUCGUUCGUAAGGUUGGUAUAACUAGAGAUGCAAGUGGUCAGCAACAUUCAUCUCUCGACGGGGUGUCUAACUCGGUGUUGUGGUGUGUUUGACCCUAAAUUAAUUUCUAGCUGGAAUACCCCUUUAAGUUGCCUGUCUGAAAUAUCUCUCAGGCUCAGAGCCAUUUAUGGUAAGGAUGAAAAUUAGCCAAAUUAAAUAAAGCAUCGUAAUGUUGUUCAAAUAGAUAACCCAGGGUCGACUUUUUGGUUUAAAUGAAAACCGGGUCUCUAGAUGGAAACUCUGCAUGAUUUCACUCAUAAAAGGCAGCAUACUUCUGCCAAAAGUUGACGUAAUCUGUCCUUCUACCUCUGCGCUGAAAGCAGUUGCUUAAAUAAUGCCCCAGGCGUAGUUGCACUUGGUGCUAAAAUGAUUCUUUUGAGUCCUUUGAGACACUGAGGGUUGUGGCAGAUUGUCUGUAUUUGAUCUUUUGGAAACUGUAUGAAGUAGAUGAGCAAUCCAGACUUACAGGAGUGUGUACCCCAGCUACUGUGACUAAUAGUGUGUCAGCUUUAAUUGUGAGGAAGGACUUUAAGGUUACACAUAAGCCUGUGUAUGUUUAUAAAUGUUAGUGAGUCAAUAGCAAACACCUUUUACAAAAACCCAUCAAGUCAGCUGCAAUUUUGUGCCAACGAUCCACUCAUAAAUAGGUUAAGCCCACUCUCUGUAGAGCUCUACAGAUGUUGAGUGGUUCAAUGGUCCACUUGAGAGGUCUUCCUGAUCAACCUAGGGGUUAACUAAUAAAAUAAGUGCCACUUUGAAGGAGGAUAUUAAACAGCCAAAGGGUUCUUAUGACCUGCCAAGACGUUGUUCAUAUUAAUGAUUCUUAACUGGAAUUUAAAUCUGUAAGAUGCAACCUUUACCCUUUUAUAAAGGGCGCCAUAUAAGACAGUGGUACCGCUUUGAUAAAACCCACUGAGGCAUGUAUGGGGGGGAGAAAAAAUCGUGUCCGCUUGUAUCCAGACGGCCCUCGUGUCCCCAGGGAUGAUCCUUUUAAGUUAAUGAAUGUUGCAUAUGAAAACGUUGCCGCAUGCUGGCUUUAGCAUGUGUAUCUGAGCCAAGGGUGGAGAAUGAUGCCAGAGAGAUCAGAGUGACGUGAUCUGAUUUGAUUUAUAAUGUCUGCCUGACCUUUAUUACCUGUGUUGGCACUCAAGGAGAGAGAGUUGCAGUGGUGGAGAUCAUAGGAGAUGAGGAUGAUGAUUAUGAGGCGGAGGGGGGAAAAGGAGGAGGAGGAGGAAGGGGGAAGGGGGAUUCUUGGAGAGUGAGAGGUCGAGAGGAUGAAGCAAUUAGGAGGAGAGGAAGCGUGCAGAAAAACAUAACGUUUUUAGUUGUUUACACUCAAAGCUUAAGUCGUCAGGGUCUUAACCUCUCCGUCCCACAGCUUGGUUGUUUUUUUCCUUUUGGCAUUAAGCCAGUUUUCUCCCCCUCAUCCCUUACUGUACUUGUUUCUUCUCUGUUUCUCUCUUGACCCUCCUUUUUCUUGUAUUCAAAUCUCCAUUCACACCCUUCCAUCUCUUUGACAGUGUUAAUUAUUAAGCAUAGAAGUAGUUUAUCUGUUGGCUGAGACUCCUAACCGAGACAAAGCUCUGCCCAAGGGCGGUCGUACGUGGAUGAUGGCAGAAAGAGAUGGAGCAGGCGCAGAAGGGAAGCAGCUGGGAGGGAAAGGAGAGCAUAUGAGCACGAAAGAGGAUGAGAGAGAGGCAAAAGAGAAAAAAGAUAUGCGAGAAAUGAUAUGGAAUAAAGAUGGGAAAUUAUACGGCACAUAUAAAAGAAGAAGAGGGAGAGACAGAGCAGGAGCAGAGCGGAGAGAAAAAUAAUUGGGCCAAAGAGAGGGGAAAAGGCUGUAGAGAGAAAUGAGAGAUGAUAGAGGGAAAGGUUGAGUUUUAGGAGGGGAGAUAAGGGAAGGAAUACAGGAGUGAACUAUUUGUUUAGUUUCCUAUUCGGAUCAUUAGCCAUCACCAAGGUAGCAGCUACUCUUUCUAGGGUCUAACACAACAGGCGAAUCCACAAAACUAUACCUCCUCAAAUCAGAAGAGAGACAGAAAUAAUAAUCAUGAUGAACAAUGAUAACGGUAACGACCAAUAACAGGCAGAAACAAAACAGAGGAAAGCGUAAAAUUAAUUUCAGUCAAUAUUAAUGAUUCCACCAAAAAAAACACAGAAGCAAUCUCUCACAGUACUCUCACAUUAUAUCCAUCCAAUUAAUGAAACAGGCUGUGUUAGACUCUUUCUGUCUAAACACUAAUAGAAAGACCCACUGUAUCAAAAAACCGUGGAACAAUGUAAAAACAAUUAUGAAAAUACUUGUACCAAUGGUAAUGAUAACAAUAACAAAUAUCCUUUUUAAUCCAAAAUCAGACUGUGGAACUGAUUUAAGAAAACAUGAAUGCACCAGUCAAAAACCAUCAUUGCAAUGUUUCAGUGCCCACUUUGUAUCAGUUCUUUUUGAAGCAGUGUGUAUAUGGACUAACAACACAGUCUUAAAAAUGGCGUGGAUAUUCUCAUGAGUGAUUUUGUGUUAAUAUUGUGUUGACAGCAAUCAGAGCCCAUUGUGUGACAACAAGAAAUGCCUCAAAGCUCCUGUAAGGACUUUUGCACAUUCAUGAAUUAAUCAAAAUUCAUAUUGGUUAGGGGUGGGAAUCACCAGUGGCCCUACGAUACGAUAUUAUCAAGAUACUUGCAAACCUUAUGUAUAUUUGUUGUACUAACUUUCUCCUGUUCUAUGAUGUCACCUCUUCCAACCUCACUGGACAAACAGUUUAAUUUAUUUUUACAUUAUCAUAGAUUUGACUGAAUAUUAGCAAUUAAUUUGAAAAAUCGAUACUUGGUUAAUGAGAUGAUACGAUGUAUCACCAGACAAAAUAUUGCGAUAUUCUGUUGGAUUGACUUUUUCUCCCAACCCUAAUAUUGAUGCAUUUUUCUGACAUCCAAAAGCAAAAGAAACUGAUUUCCUUGAGAUUUGCCCGCAAUUAAGAAGUCUGAGGUUUGCCUUGAUAACAACAUUGUUAUUCAUGCGCAAACUUUGUCAGGUCUGUUCUCCAGAACAGAAAAAAACAACUUAAAAACUGUUUGUUUGUUGCAGGUCCCAUCAGGCAUUUCUGAUGCAUUCAGGAACCAGGAGAUCUUGAUGCUAAUUGUUAAGCAGAUUAGUCACUCGCUUUGAAAUUUGAAUUUACAGGGUGGGUUGUUAGCUGGUUUUUCAUGCAGAUGUCUGUCUGCAGAGAUGGGAUGUCAUUCAGUGGAUCAUGUUUCACCCGCUUUUGGUCUCUCCUGCGUACACUAGAGCCACCUGAUGCAUGAUGGUCAGUGAUACUCAAACUACAAAGAUAAAGUCUGGACACCAGAAUCCAGGCCACAAUUACAGUUUUUGCAAUUCUUGUACAUUCAGCAUUUUUGUUUAGAUUUCUGGCUCUGUAAAUAGAGAAUAUACAGAGAGGGGCAGGUAUUCUGUGACUUUAGAUAGAUGAAUAUCCCAAAUAGACGUGCACUGAUCCAUUAUUUUCCAAUCCGAUACCGAUACCUGGGCUGAACAUAUUGGCCGAUAUCCAAUACCUAUCCAAUACUACUGUUUAAUUAAUGAACUGUAUACAUUGCCCUGUGAGUGAAGGCAUCAGGCUUGACAUAAGCCUUGUUAAAAAAGGUAACAAAUUAACACAGAUGUAAAUUUGCUUAAUAUUAUAUAUGAACAAAUGACAAAUUGCACAUUAGCACACAGCAAAAUGAAGUAAGAAAAAUUAGUUAAAAGAAAAAAAAAAACCUAGAUCGGAAUGCUCAAUUGGCAUCUUUCAUCAGAUAUCCGAUCCAGUUUAUUUGUCACUUUGGAGCCGAUAUCCGAUCCAAAUAACGGAUCCGUGCUUCUCUAAUCCCAAAACUGUUCUUGAAAACUGUAGUAUGAAUUAAUCCUGGUGGUUGACAUCUCCAUGCUGUUUUACAGGAAAGUGCAUGGCCUUGCAACUGUAAAUGUCAAACCGCCUCCUGUGGCACGCUUAGUUCAGUAAUUCUGGCCAUUCCUACUGUUGGACAAAUGAUUAAUUGUAACAUUUGUAAUUUUAGCUGGUACAAUAUUUCUCAAAAGGCAGAGCAGAGGAAUGAAGGAGAUGGAGGAGAGGACAUCCACUCUGUGCUUGAAUGAUGGGCUAAGCGUGGAAAAACUCCUAUCUCAUCCAUCACUCACACCUUGACCCUGCCCCAUCUCCUGUUUAACUAUGCGUACGCGCGUCUCCUGCUGUUGGUGUCUUUUUAUGGACACACCGGGUUAUUUAAGACGCUGUAAUUUACACUGAUAAAGCAGGAUUAAAAAGGUCCUCAUAAGCAUUGAGGAAAUGAAGGAUGCUGCAGCAGUAGUUGUGCUGAAGGACAUCAUUUUCUAUUGUAUGUGUGUGUUUGUGUGUGUGUGUGUUUACAUAAGUGUGUGUUUGUUUGUGUGGUUGUGUGUGUGUGUGUAUUAAUUGUGUUUCCAGUCCAGACAGGAUGCAAGCGGAUUGUGAAACUCAGAAGUCAGUUCCCACGGUGAGAUGGGGGUUCCCAUGGCAACCACAGCAAAGGGAGGACACUGGAUUACCCCAGCUCUGUCUCUCUCUCUCUCUCUCUUUCUGUUUCUCUCUUUUUUUCACUUCUCCCCUCUUUCUGUUUCCCACCCUCUUUUCCCCUCCCUCUUCUCUCUGUUCAUCUCAUGCUUUUUCUGUCUCUUCUAUUUUGUCUCACCCUCUUUCUCUCCAACUCUGUCACCCCCCUCGGUUUUUUCUCCUCUCCCUUCCUCUCACUCUACUUCACCCUCUCCCCCUCUCUCUCUUUUUCUGUCUCAAGGGUGAUAAAGGAUUGUACUCUCAUUAAUUUUUCUGCCCUCUUGAGAGCAAAGUGUCCGGGAAAGGGGACUCUGCGUGUCAGCCUGCGUGUGUUCUCACAUGUGUCAUUUUGUGUGUGUACAUGUGUAUGCUCCUGGCUUUGUUAUGUAUGCGUCCUUGGUUCCUGGGUACAUCGUUGUCAACCAUUCCACGGUUUUCACAUUUGCGAACAAAUGCGAGAGUGUGUAUGUUUGUUUGAAUCCAACACGAUUAUUCCUUCAACUUUCGACUUCAGACUAUUUUCCUUCUUUUCAAACUCUCCGCUUUCACUUCUGAGCCCUCUCUUUCUGCUAGUUUGACAGCUAGCAGGCAAAGCAGAUACACAAAUACACAAAUACACACACACUAUACACGAGUUUACACUUAAAGUGACUUUAAACGUGUUGCAGUCUGUUUCAUGGUAGCUGUCUUUCUUUUGUAGUUGCGCACAUGAAACGUGUUGAAUGCUCCGUCAGACGUCGUGCUCGUAAAUUAAAGUUGAUACAUUUAAGCCUAUCAUUACAAGUUUCCACUCUUAUUGAAGUUGUUGUUUUUUUGAAGGUUAGUACAUUCGGUUCUGUGCUGGCAGAUUUAAUUUUUCAAGCAGUGAGCCACGAGAUGCACACAUGGGUUUGAGGCUCCUUGCACACUCAAAUGGAUAUAUUCAGCCCUGGCAUGUUGUGUGCACUGCAACACAAACAUGCCCGAAUCUUGCAUAUAUACCUAAGAUUUCUCAGAGUGCAGACAUUUUUUUAUUGCAAAUACCUCUUGAGAGAGAGGACAUGUCAAAGACAAAUACUGAAUAAAAAGAGAGACCUGAUUAAUGUAGAUGAAUCCACACAGGGCGAGGGGUCAUUGAACGGCUUGAUGAGAAUGAAAAUUAUGUGAAUAUUAUUAACAAUACCCUCACAGUAGCAGGAUUUUAGCAGGGGACUGAAGAAAAACAUGCAUGCUUUAACAAUUAUCUCGUAAGGUCAUGUGGUGUGUUUCCUGGUUGGGUGUUUUGCCCAAAAAUUACAGUUUAGGAACUCUAGGUGCAGCUGAAGGUGGACAGCAGUUUAUUCUGUUUGAAGUGGUUGUCUCAGUCUAUCGAUCAGUCAAUUAUAUUUCCUUACAAUUGCUCAAACACAUCUCUUAAAACCUUCCACCCUUUUCCUAAGCUGUUACACAAGACCCAAUUUUCAGACUUCAUUUACAAAACCUCAAAACUUUAACCAUCAAAACAGUUUCACAGUAACUGCACUCUGAAUUAAACACCAUUUUCACAUCAAACACAGCUGUCAAAAUAAAAACACCACUGAGUAGACCUUACACACUCACAUUUGUUAAAAAAAUGGUCAGGGAUUGCAGCAAAAAAAAAAAAAAAAGUUGAUUUCUGGUAUAUAAGUUUGUGAGCCAGUCUGUAAAGUUCACUAUAUUAAAUGAUACAAUUACAAAAACAUGCAGUUGAAGCUCCUCUGAGGAUUUUUAAGAAAUAGAUUCAUAUUGAUGCCUUUUUAUGACAUUCAGAGGCAAACAAGACCAUGACAGUAUCAGCGGUGCAGAAGAAGAAACAGCCCUGUUUUUACAUUUGAUUUUUACAAAAGACUGUAAAUUUUAUCCUCAGUAGUCAACAAGAUGAGAUUCUUUGUCAGAUGACAUGACCUCAGCAGGUAGAGGACAAGUUUUGGUCAACUUUGGUGACGCCAAAGUUGACUGAAACUGCAAGUUCCUCACCGGAGUUUGAGGAAUUUCCAAAAUAAAUCUUCAAAUUACAAAAAUAUUGCACACCUAAGCAGAUGUAUUGGAGAGAAGCUGACAGUCAAACACAAAAGGACACUGUCAUCUACACUUGUAAUUUUGAGAUUUACCGAAUUGCUUCUUGAUGCUGCGGUGCUUUGUCCUUUAUUAGGUUGGUUUAUCAUUGGAGUCAGCGGCAUAUCCUCUAAUGGAGCAGACACUCUAUGGAGAUUACACUUGUGCAUUUGCAGGGUUUUGCAGAGAUGAUAAACACAGAGACAGAGCCUUACUCUGUUUUUGGUCUUGGUCUACCUCAUCUUCUCUCUCCUUCUCAUGAUAAACCACUUCUCAAACAUCCUCUUCUUCCUCUACUUCAACUCACUUUUGACUUCUUAUUUGUCACAUGUUGGUUUGAUCACACCUUUAGCAACAAGAGCUUUAUGUUGUGAGUCGUGUGUAAACUUUAACACCUGUGCCAUUAUGUGUCACAGUGCAAAAUAUGUUUGUAAGUGAGAAUGUGUUUUGCAAAGAAUAAUGAAUAAGAUCUGCAAAGUGUGCCCGACUUGAUGAAAGUAUUGAGAGGGAUUUUGUGUGUGUGUGUGUGUGUUUUUUUACUGUGAGAGAAACUUCAUGUACAUGCACAUCAACAUGAAAGGUGCCCAUAUUGAAUACAGUGAUUGAAUGUUCAGUAUUUGCCAUGUUGUUGAUCUUUAACCUUGUGUCACAUGGUUUGAGCGUGUGAGCAUUUUGGCCAUUCUGCUGAACUGCGUGACCCUGGGGAUGUUUCAGCCCUGUGGCCACACCCCAUAUGUGCUGCAGGUAAGCUCACACACAUACACACACACACACACACACACAUAAUUACAACCUAAUUAUGUUCUGCUUUGAGACUUUAUUAUCAAGAGCCUGAAAAGUUUUUGCUUUAAUUUUUUCCUUCUUAAUCUGUUGACGUUAAUCCUCUUGGUGUGUGUUCCCCUGCGUGUGUGUAUGUGUGUGUCUGUGUGCACAAAGGCUCUGGACGACGGCAUCUUUGUGUUCUUCGCUGGGGAAAUGGUGGUGAAGAUGGUGGCCCUAGGGGUCAUAGGUCAGACCGGUUACCUUGGCGACACAUGGAACAGAUUGGACUUCUUCAUUGUUAUAAUUGGGUGAGUGUUUGAUGGACCCACACAUACCCCACACACAUCCCGCACAAACAUGCGCAUGUGACAUUAAAUAUGAGCCAAAAGUGUGUGUGUAUGUGUGUGUUUUGUGUAAAGCUUAGACACUUGUUUAAUGCCAGUUAAAUGUCAAGCCUGUGUGUGUGUGUGUGCACGUGGAUGUUGUGGGUUGUGUGUGUGUGCAACAACUCUGUAGAAUGACAAUGGCAUCACUCAGUCCUGAGAGACAGAGACCUCAGUGAUUGGUAGUUAAAAGGCAAUGUAUCCCAGAGACGCUGCUCUGCAUUCGGCUGGAUUCCCUGUAGACACUCAGGGUUUGCCAAGGUCAGGCUGAUCAGGAUGCCACUGACACUGUGGUGGCUUUCCUUUCUGCAGAAUGCUGGAGUACUCCCUUGAUGGACACAACGUCAGCCUAUCAGCAAUUAGGACGGUCCGGGUUCUCCGCCCGCUGCGAGCCAUCAACAGAGUUCCCAGUGAGUUUCUCUCUUCUUUCUUUUAAACUCACAGAGUAUUAUGAGUUUUUAUUGUCUGUCAUUGUUUUGUCUCUGUGUUCACACACUUUGGAUUUUAAAUUAAACAGUGACUCUGAGGUUAAAGUGCUGACUUUAAUUUUCUAAAGCUUUAAAGUGUGUUCACAUCCAAUUUGGGAGUAGAGGACUCACUUGACUUUAGGACAAAGCAAUAGGUCAGGGAUUGUAAAAGGAGCAGCAAGAGGGCAACUAAGGAGAUUUUCUUGGUCAAAGCGUAUAAUGUUCUUGACUGGACGAGCUGCUGACCUGACAGCAAUCCAACACAUUGUGUGUUUGACUCACUGAGGAGCAGAUUUAAGCCCUGGAAAUGAGCAAGAAGGGAAGAUGACUGCAGUACAAGGCUGGCAGAGCAUAAGUAGGAAAUAUACAAAGUGUCAGCUGACGACUGAGAGUUGUCAGACUUUUUACUGACUGUGUAUAAAGAUUCACGUUGCAUCACCAUCUCCUCCUGUUGCUCUGAGGUGAAGCCAAAAUACUCACUGUGAUGGGUACUGACAUCUUGCCUGAUUAUAUCAUCAUUAUGUCAUCAUAGAGACUGGGUAGUGGAAAUUAUCUGGUAGAGCCUGCAGGUUGAUGUCCCACCCUUUUGGCUAACCAAGACACCCAUGAUAAAAUGGAAAGGAUCCCUCACCCCCCAUUUUUUACCACAUCCGGGACGGCUACGAAAAGGCUACAAAAAGCCGAUCGUAGCCGAGCGUAACCAUUCAAGUUAAUGUGUCAAUUUCCACCGGCUUCCUUCCAUUCCACUGCGGAUCACCAGACUCCACCGCUGAUCGCAAGAGAGUAUUUUUUCCGGCUGCAGGAGAAUGCCAGAUAAACUCAGCACAGAUUAACCCGUGCUGGAAAGCGAUUGCACAUGAAUCUGUGAAAUUCGCCCCACAAACGGAGCCAGUAGGAAUUGGCGGACGGCAAAAAUUUCCGCUGUUUGAGAUCAGAGCCGUUCCGUAUGCGCUGGAAAUUCAGGGUUGAUUGGUACAGCUCAUAGCAGAACAGAAACCGAUACUGCUUUUUGAAUUGUUUCCUUCUUUUUGCCUCGUCACCAUCAUUAUCAGUAGAGCUGUCAAUCAUGGCUUUUAAAGGCCCCAAACAAUUAUUUAACACUACCUUCUUAAAAAACAAACACUUGGACACAACUCGGCUUAACAAGAACUUACUAUAAUAACAGGAGCACUGCAGUCAACCGGUUUGGCUUCACUUUAAGGCAGACCUGGGCAUUUUACGGCCCGAGGGCCACAUCCGACCCUUUGGAUGUCCCUGCCCGGCCCUUCGUGAGGUCCAUCAAUCAAAUCAUCAACAUGCUAUACAAGUGUGUUGCUUUUAUUUUGAAAACCUAGCCGUUGUUUUAUUUCCGUUUGGACGCACGUGCGUACAUCUGAGAUCGUGAGAUCUGCAUUCGUGAACAGAGUUCAAACAUCGGCCUUAUAGUUGCCAAGUCCACUUAUUAUAAACGACUUCAGGCUUGUUUAUCUCAGGCUUGUAAAACUCGUAAGUCGCGGGUGCGCUUCUUUGGGCUUGUUUUUAACUCGUAGUUGCUUAUUAGGGCUUGCUUUUCUGAAUGUGUGAACCCACCUGAUUUGAAGUUGAAGUUAAAGUUAUUGUUGGUUCGGCCCUACAAUACAAUGCAGGUUUCUCAUGUGGCCCCAUGUAAAAAUUAAUAGCCCACCCCUGCUUUAAGGUCAUCAAACCCAAGACCACAAUAGUGUAACUGAUUACAACUGAGUACCUGUCAGCUUUGGGCAUGAAACCUACAUUUCAAGGGACCCAGGUAGAGUGAGAACAGCACAGUAAAACUUCAGGGGACUAGAGUAGCAUGGUGAAAUUAGGGCUGGCCAGCAGAGAAUACCAGCAAAGGUAAUCGACAAACUGCCCAGCGGAGGUUAAAACAUUUGUACUGUUCCCCAUUCCAUCGAUUGGUGCUGUCAGUCCGUCAUCUGCUCGUACCCGUGUGAUUUCAGUGAUCUUUAAAGUUCACCACUGCUAUCAUCUUCUUCAUCAGCUGUUUAUUUACAACACCCCGGAGCUCUUUCCUAUCAGAUCAAAAAAGACUUCAGCCACUCUGAGCUGUGAAUCUGCUGUCUGACUAACACAGUAGGAAAAAGACGAAAUAAUACAGCAAGUUAUGUUACAGGCAUGAGGUUAAACACAGAGUAACACCUCUAACAUUAAGUCCUGUUGGUCGUACCCCUCAGAAAGCCUUCAUCUGACAAGGGUAAUGAUUAUGACAACUGUGCAUGACUACUUCCAGCUAACUGUAUGUUAACUUUAUUAAUCAACUUUCUGACUCCUAUAAUUGGUGGAUCAUGGGUAGAAUGAGAGUCACUUCCUACUGUGAUCAUCCGAUGUGGGAACACCCUCAGCUAAAAGCCAGCAUCCUCAUUAGUCACAGCUGAGACAUCCUAAAAUGUGUCACUGUCCUUGUGUUCUCUGUAAACUCCUUUUUAUUUCCUUACCGAGCUUACCUCCGCUGCCUGCUGCUUUUAAACUGCAGCAGCUUUCCUUUUGAUGGAUUCAUGUGUAAACAAAUCAGGGCACGGAGAACAAAGUCAUGGGAAUCAUUGUGAUGCUUGUGUUGUCCGAAACAGCUCAAUGCACAAACCGGCCAGCCAACUUGAUUUUUUUUUUUACAACUCUGUGACCUUGGCAGAGCUCACACUGAGUUCUUGUAACAGUGGAGAGUGUGUUUGAAGUAGCCAAGUCUAAGAGCAGUAAAGAGGAAGAUUUCAGAUCUGUGCUCUUCAGCAGAGUGGAGUGGAGGCCAAUUAUCAGUGUUUGAACUCUAAUUAUUGCCCAUUCAAUUAAUUGCACUGCUCCAGUUUCCUGCAGAAUACAUAAAGGGAUUUUCUCCUGGCUGGCAACUACUUGUGACUGACGUUGAGCUUUGAAUGUAGAUUUUUGCAAGGCUGUAGUAUAUGAUUGCUAAUGUUGUAAGACUGCUGAAAGUGUUUUCUUUUAAAGUACUUAUGCUUUACUUCCAAACUUCUCAACCAAACACAGAAGGUCUAAUGAUGCAUAAUGAUUUGAGUCAUUAUUCAGCAAUUUUAAGUCCAAGUAAUAGCUGUUUUUUUCCUGGUUGGUAUGACGAAAAUGGACUUUUUACAAAAUAACGUCAGGAUCACAACUCUUUAAAAGGAACUUAUAUUUUCUUUCAGUGAACCAACUUUUAAAUGAAUAUAUUUUUGGUUUUCAUGGUUGAACCACAGAAAGAGUUCUUGCAAAGUCAUCCUAGUUCAGUUUUGGUUGUUUAAUCAAAUUGUACCCACCGGAUAUCUCUUUAAUAAAACAGCAAGUCAAGGUUGGCCACAGUUAUGCAAAUAUUUAACGUAUUAACCCUUGAUCAGUUAAGGAAGACACAGACCCAGAUAACAGUUGAUCAAACACUGAACCUUAAAUCUUCAAAGGAACAUUAUCCAUCUCACUGCGUAAGAGCAGGACUUGAAUAAUUCCUCUUCCUCCAUUAAACAACCUCAGCGAACGCUCCUGAUGAUGGGAUUCAGAUCUUACAGCAGUGAUCCAGAUAAUUUGGCUCAGCAAGGAACCACCUCUUGUGGCUCUUAAACGGCUCUUUUGAAGUACAGUUUUGGCUCUCAAGAGUUUCCUCUUAGAGCUGAGUCAUGCCAGUCCGACACAUGCUUGGCCCAGCUAGCCAAGUUGUGUAUUUGUCUACAAUUAAAAUAAAUAAUUUUGUCUCAUCAAAAUUUUUACGGUGGUUUAAUUCUUAGGACUGUACUGAUGAGCAGAAGAGAUGCUGCAUGUCUACAUGCUGACUGGGUUUGGGUAAUAUCGUAGCUUUUGAUGCACAAGUUAACCAAAACGAAAAGCAGGGCGAACAAAUGUUUACUGGCCAGUGAAAAGGCAUCUAACAUCCAGAUAUGAAGAGACAAGUAAUAAGUGAAAGUCAGAGUUAUGGAUAAGAGGAUUUCAUUUUUACACAACAAUUAUAUCAUUAAACAAAUUAUUUUACCGAGCAAGCCAGAAAAACAAAAUAAUUAUGACCCUUGUGUCAGUAUUUUAUUAUUAGGAAGUCUGUUUUUGACCCACAUCUCACACAUAGUGGUCUUGCGUGCUUGUCUGUGGUUUGGGUUUCUUAUUUAAAGACAUAAAUCUCAGAGUCUAUGUCUUUGAUAAUUGAUCAUCUUUACAUAACCACAGAUAAGUUAUUGAUAAACAUAUAGUUUUUCUUAUGUAAAAAUGCAGGGUUCUCCAAAAACACCUAAACACUGAAUAUUUGCCCUCAUGCUGAUUUGAAAGCCAUCCAGUUGGGCAGUCAUCGUGACUUUUGGUGGUUAAUCCCCUUUUUAACAAGUUUUGUAGCAAAAUUUUAGGUUUUGACACAACUUUUGCCUUAGUUAUUUACAGUAUUUUUGCCCUCUGUGUGUGUUUGUGUGUUUUGGCAGGUAUGCGUAUUCUGGUAACCCUCCUCCUCGACACACUUCCAAUGCUGGGCAACGUGCUGGCACUGUGCUUUUUUGUCUUCUUCAUCUUCGGCAUCGUCGGGGUGCAGCUGUGGGCAGGGCUUCUCAGAAACCGCUGUUUCAUGGGAGAGGAAAUCAAGAUGUGAGUUACCAUAGCAACCGACAGAUGUGACAUCACGGGACACCCUGGCCUCAUUACCCCAAACCUGUUGUCAGAAGUUUUCGCACAACUGAUUAGCCUCUUUCACCCAGCUGUUAUUUGUAAAAGGGGAUCAAUAACACAGAUAGUCUGAUCCUGUUUGUUCUCUAAUCAGUGCCGUCUGGGAGGAAGUUAAUGUGCAAAUGUGUUCCCCGCUGGAACCUCAAGCAUUAGAGAUCACAAAUCAGGGGAUUAAGGAGGCUAAGUGAAUUCUGUGUGUUGUUAUUCAGACACUCAGGGGCUGUUUCAGCACCUACCCUCUGAGUUUUUCUGUCACUUCUGGUCUCUUCACAUUCCCUGGUGCCAUGUUCAAUUUGUUUGGGACACGGUCUCCCUCUGCUCCUCACAUGGUCUCAAAACACGGUCAUAUAGUCUCACAUAACAUCAGCUGACAUCAUACCCACCUCAUGGCCUCAUGUCUAGUCAACCAUCCUGCAAGAUAAAAAUCCCUGACAUUGGUGUGGAGGUUUAUAUCCAGUUCAGGGUGCAUUUUGGGACAGCCUACAUUUUAAUGCUACAUAAAUCUGCCAGAUAAGAUCAGCUGUAUUUAUAGUAUCCAUCUCGAUACAAACAGGAUGCCAAUUAACCUCCCUUUUCCAAUGGCAGAAUACUUUAAGUUCAAGUUAAACAUCUUCUCUGCCUCUGACCUUUGAUAGCUCUUUGUCAAAGAUGUAAUUAUCCCAGUCUGGGGAUAUGUGAGAGAGCACGUCUAGUAAAACCAUUUACAGUUUUGAUCAGCUCUGAAUCAUCAGAGAUGAUAAUGCAUUUGGGAGCAAAUGAAUGAAAUGUCUGUCUAGUGCACAGUUAGGGACAAUCAACAGAGUGGAAAAUCACAAAAAUUGAAGCAAAACAAAACAAGGUGCUGAGCAUUUUUUUUUGUCUAAACUGUGACUCGAUAAUACAGAUACCAAAAUGAAUCCUGGGCAACCUACAGCUCAAUGUACGAUAAUGACAUUCAGACAAGUUUUCAAGGAAGCCUAAGAUACAAAACAACACAAUCAGAAAAAUUUGGGAAAGAGAGGACAAAAGUAGAGCAACCCAUGACUUCUAAUAAAUACAAUGACCUUACAUGCCAUCAUCCCUCUAUGAUUAUAUUAAAUUUUAUGAUUUAUCUGCAUCACCAGCCCCAUGAGCAGCACUUUUAUUUGGUUUUUUGAUUUUUUUUUUUUCGUCUUGAGCUGAAGUUGCUUUAUUUGCUGCAUUGUCAAGCCAGGCUUUUAUUUUGAAAUAAAAUGCUUACGGUAGAUUGUAAGUUUUGGGGCUGAAUAAAAACAGUUCAAGAACGGUUAAAAGGUAUAAAUGAUCAGUUGAGUUGUUGAAUCUUGAACAUUAGCUUGAAAAAUGUAGCUAACAUGUUAGCAAGGCAGCGUCUCACUGCCUCGCCUCUCCUCUGUUUUAUGACAUGUGUGAAGAACCAGGUCUACAAACUAAUGGUAUUAUGGCAGUCUUAUUUUUAGCGUGCUAUCGCUAUUAAUUUAUGAUUUUUUUUAAGGCUCACUCCAAUCAUGUUUUUUACUUCUCAAAGUGCUGUCAGUGGUCUUUAAAUUUUGAUUAUGAAGUUUUUACCAAAAAUCGCGUUAACUGUGUCAUUGUCAAGAGCUUUUCUUCUGCAGAGCUCCAGUAGAUCAUUGGCAAUUCGCCUGAGUCGUGGCCGGAGACAGCGCUGCUCUGCACACUCGUCUUCACAUUAGCUUGCAGCCUAACAUUGACGGUUUAGUAGAAGUGGCAGGUAACAUAGGAGCUAUUCAGCUCUCGGACACUUUAUGGACACGAUGAAAGCUAAUGUCAUAAUUAGCUUUCUUACGGGCAUUGCAAUCCACUAACGUACACACUUGUUACGCAAUCGUCCUCUGUAUUUCUCCUCUAUAUGCAGAGUGUGGCCUGUAUAGUGGGGCCCCAGGGGCGAAACUUAGAUUGGUUACAUAUGAAACCUCACUGUUUCUGAACCUGCCGUUUGGGUCUGCCAGAGAUUCACAGAGAUUUGAAUGAAAAAAUUCUCAGAAAAGCAAUUUCGCAUUGAGUUUUCUCAUGAUAUGUCCUGUAGCAUCAGAAAAAUGCCACAUGAACGUAUGAAAAACACGAUUUUCAUUGGAGUGGGUCUUUAAAGACUAUUAUCGUCAAUAUGGGUGUACUGUGCUAUCAGUAACAUUCAGUGACUAAUGCAACAAAAAAAGUAAUAAAAGAGCUUAAAUGGAAAAAAGGGUCAGGUUAGGCUGGUUAUUUGUUCAGCAGUGUGACUGAGACAAUGGGCUUUGUCAUGUCUAACUGAGGAUGGUAAAGUAUCUGUGAAGAGUCCCUCGUGAUUUUAUUUGGCUGUCUGACAAGAGUCACUCUAUAAUAGCCUGAAAUACACUUGGCACUAACAUUGAAUGAACACAAACCAGUGUUCAUGAUACAAUAAAUAGUAUGAGAACAGCAAACCCAAUAAAACACUCCAGUGCAGGCUGGUUUUGAUUGAAGAAGUUUUAAGAUUUGACUCUUUGAAUACUUGCCGGUAAUUCUCUGUUGUCACGGUAGAGUAGAAGAGGUAUUAUGACUGCAGCUCAGCUUUAUGACGGAUGUUAUGUUUUCUUGGGGUUACUUUCUGGCACUUGCUCUGACUCUUCUUCAUGAUUUUAUGAUGUCUUUUUUUAUGUGGAGCAGCAAACAAUAACACUCACACUCAGAGAAAUCUCCCCUCAAGGAAGAUAAAGUUUACACUCUCUUUGUGAGUAAAAAAAACAGACAAAGAGAGGAGCACAAACAGUGAACAAAAGAGAGGAAGCAGGCGUCUGUAAUUACAUUUCAAAUGUACUGCAGUUGUGUCAGGAAAGGCAUUAUCAUGGUGUUAUUUGCUGCUCCUUUGUUCACAUCUGGUCAUAUUUACCUGCUGCUUACAGUCUGAUUCAAACUUCUCCGUGUAUAGAUUUUGUUUUCCGUCAGUAAUUUGGAUUUCUUUCCGCUCCAUAAACAACAAAAUGACCUUUUCUAAUGAGAAGUGAGGGAGUAGCGCUCCUCUGUGACCUCACUCCACAACACACAUGAUUGAUUGCUUAACUCUCUGCCGCAAACACCCUCUCUCUUUUCGUCUCUUCCCUUUAUCUGUGAUUCUCUCUCUGUUUCCUCUCGGUGUCCUUUAGUGAAUUUCAUACUGUCUUCCUGUUUUCUGCAAUAAAAAAGACAUUUAAUCCAAACGUAAAGAUUGAAAAAGCACUUAAUCCCCUUGAACUCCUUGACUCCAUCUGAAUUUGUCUCAAAAAUAUAUGUUUUAGAUCUUGUUUGGAUUUUGUUUUGAAGAAGUACAGAUAUUUAACUGAAUUUUAACAAAUCCCCUGUUAGGCAUUAAACCAACAGAGUAUCGAUUUUUCUAACAGGAAUUAUUUUUUCAGCUGAAGCUUGAAAUCUCUGUGCCAUUAAGCGCUGGUGUUGUCCAAAAACACACAGUGGCUCACACGGCCUUUCUUUCAAAAUGAGCACUGUCGCUUUAGUUUAUUUUGAGUCUCAUACCCUGCUGUUUUAAGUACCCACUAGCACACCAAAUGUCGUGGCUGAAAAUAGUCCUUAACAACCACAAUAUUUUCACCUGUCUAUGAAAUUAUAGCUAGAUUUACAGAGCCCAGCUUUUAUGUUAGAGUACUGCAUUUAAAUUUUUGGUGACCCAUUUUUAAAGAAACAAGAAGGCUGGGGAAAAAGCUGGUUUAAACUCAGUUUCAGUGUUGUUGAUUUAAGUAUUUUUGUGGGUAUGUUGACAUUAAGAAAACCUCCUGUUGUGUUUGGCUCUUUGAUUUAAUUACUGAAUUUUAAUAGAUUAAAAAUCCCAAUAUAAAAAGGUUUACUUACCUUGUUAAACACUGUCAAGAAACAGAUUUUGAUGGUUUGUAUAUUGUUUCAUAUUUAACUGAAAGGUGUUCACGGUCAACAUAUCAAAUGUUAAAACUAAAAUGUUUUAUCAUUUUGUGACAAAAAAAGCUCAAUUUAACUUGGAUACCAGCAAUACAUUUCAAAAAGUUUGGACAGGGGCAUGUUGUUUUGUGUUGCAUCACCUCCUCUUUUAACAACACUGUUAAUGUUUGGGAACCAAGCAGACCGGUGUCUGGAGUUUUGAAAGUGAAAUGUCAUCCUGUUCUUGCCAAGGAUUUCAGCUGCUCAACAAUUCAGGGUCUCCUUUGUCAUUUGUUUAAUUACUCAUCUACCAUGCAGUUGUAAUACAACAUGUAGUUUGGCAUCUUCUUGCUGUAUUAUGCAAGACAUCGUCUGGAUGGCGGCAUAUAUUGCUCCAAAACUGUCCAGCACUAUCGUUGCCUUAUGUGAUGUGUAAGCCACUCAUACCAAGGGUUCCUCCACAUUUCCAUACCAUCACAGAUGCUGACGUUUAAACUUUACUCUGAUAACAAGCCUGAAUGGUCCCUCUCCAUUUUGCAAACUGAAUGUUAAACAUGGAUUUAUCAUACCACAGGAUACUUUUCCACUUUGCCUCAGUCCAUCUUGAACUCAGGCACAGAGGAAUUGCCUUCGUUUCUGGAUCAUGAACCUGUUUGCACUGUACAGUUUUAACCUCCAUCUACAUACCGUAUGAAGCGAUGAAGUGUGUUCACAUGCAGGAGAUUUUUUUAGAGUGACUUUGAGUUCAUGCAGUGGUCCCUACUUCAAAUCUCUUGUCCUAUUUGUUGGAGAGCCUGAUGGGUUUUUGACCUUGUCCCUUUUGGACAGAGACUUCCCUCAAUUCUCAUGGUUGUUAUAUAUCAUGUAGUCCCCAGAAUUUUUGCAGUUUCUUGCUGAUGAACACCUAAAGUUCUCACAGAGAGGUAAACCUCUCCUCAACUUCAUUUGUGAGAGACUGUGCCCCUCUGUAAUGUCCUUUUAAUUCUCUGUCAUAUCACUAACUUGUUGCAAAUGAACCUUAAAUAUUUGGAGGUUUUUCUCCAGGUGUUAUUUUAAGCAUGACACAACUUUUUCAGCUUUUUUUUGUCCAAGUCCCAACUUUUUCACGUGCUGCUCACAUCAAGUUUUAAAUGACCAUAUAUUUUUUCUGGAAAACUAAAUUUGCUUAUUUUCAACGCUUGAUUUGUUGUUUUUGCACUAUUUUAUAUUGAAGUUGGGGUUUGAUUUGCAAAGACAGUUUUUGGAAUUGGGGUUAUAGUCUGAAACACCUCCCAAAAAUGUAAAUGUUUUUAUUAUUUAUCUUUCUGUCUUCAUCUCCAGGAGAUAUAACAUUUCCUUCCUGAGUGGCUACUAUAGACCAGAUGGCGGUGAUGACCACCCCUUCAUCUGCUCAACACAGAGAGAAAACGGGAUGCUUCGAUGCUCCGACGUGCCUCACCGCCGUGUGGCCGGGAAUUCGUGCCUCCUGAGCGCUGAGGAAGCUUUCCCAGAGAUCAGACCUACAGUGGAACAACCAGUGUCAUGUGUGAACUGGUACCAGUAUUAUAACGAGUGUCGGGCUGGGGAAGUAAACCCACACAAAGGAGCUAUAAACUUUGAUAACAUUGGAUAUGCAUGGAUUGCUAUUUUUCAGGUAAAGGGUUACAGCAUUAUGUGCAUGAAUUCACCUUUGGUCCAUGAGUGGUAUGAACUCAGCACAGCUCAUAUCACUGUAUUUCUGUGUGUGUGUGUGUGUGUGUGUGUGUGUGUGUGUGUGUGUGUGUGUGUGUGUGUGCUUUCAUACAGGUGAUUACCCUGGAAGGCUGGGUCGACAUCAUGUACUACGUCAUGGAUGCACACUCUUUUUAUAAUUUCAUCUACUUCAUCUUCCUCAUCAUCGUAAGUGCACGCACUCGCACGCACACACACUUGAAGUGGCCUGUUAACAGCCAAAUGUCGCGCCUUGUACUGUGUGUGUAAUAUACAUGUUGUCGUGACCAGGUGGGCUCCUUCUUCAUGAUCAACUUGUGCCUGGUUGUCAUAGCAACACAGUUUUCUGAAACCAAGCAGAGAGAACACGCCUUAAUGAAAUCGGAGCAGCACGCCCGCCAGCUCCACCAAUCGGCUUCCACAUUGGCGAGCGACAGCCAACCAGGAAGCUGCUACGAGGAGAUUAUCCGCUACCUGGCGCACCUGGGCCGCAAGGCGUGGCGGCGGUUGUCACGCUGGUACACCCAGAAACGCACGCACUUCCACUGUGUGUGUGUAUGCAAGAGAAACAGAGGGCUGGGAUCCACCAGAGGGAGCGGGGUUGGGGAAAUGAACGGACUUGCCCAUAGGCACUCGGGCCACGCCCCUAAUGACCUGUCACACCUUCAUCAGCUCUAUCAUCAUCAUCAGCAGCAUCACCAGCUGCCUGUGCCGCAGCCAUCUGAGCCCGUUGUCAGUAACGGAGGGAACGGAUUUAAUUAUCCCUUCAUAGCGCCGCUUUUCAGUCACCUGGAUGCAAAGGACCAGGACCAGAAGCGGCCGGUUGCCACGGAGAAUGUCAACAGACUGCCUCAGCUGGUGGUGGAACACGGUGAGAAUGAAGGAGUGUGUGUUUGUGAGUGUGUGUGUGUGUGUGUGCUCCCAAAGGUGGAUGCACAGGUGUAGAGGCACUUUGCAGAGACUAAUAACAACUGUAGUGAAGCUACUCUCACACUUCUAACCUCAGAAAUUGUCAGCUUUAGUGUGCCUCUGUUUGGGUUUGUGAGAGAUUCAGGUAACUUGAGUCUUUUUAUUCACUCCUUUGAGAAAUAAUCUUUCAGGCUCAGUUCCCCUAAGUUACAAAAGGACAUGUUUUUUUCCUCACUUACCCUCAGUCACAUUUAGACAUGUGGAUCACAGACUUCAGCCGUCUCUGACACAGCAGAAAUGAAUUUAAUUUAGUUUUUUUUGUGCUGAAAGCAUUAGAAUUAAAAAGAAAGAUCAGCUUCAGAGGGCUCAAGUCUGCACAGUUUUCCUGUGACGUUGGCAAGCUUUUACUUUACAGACCUUGAUCAGGUCUGUAUGACAAGCUGACAGUGAAAAUGCUGUGGUGUUGCUAUGCUUCCAGGUAAUUAGCCCAGAGCCAACACAUCUGUGUGUCUCUUACGUAAGAUCCUACCUAGGGUACUGUAAUCCCCUGGCCUUUUAGGAGCGUAAAUAUGGAGAAUAAGGGAUUAAAAGUUUGAAAGAUUGAAAAAGCAAACAAAAAUUUACAGCAGAUGUGUUUUUCAUUAACAAAAACAUCUGACAGAUGUUUUCAUACCUGAUAACACAAUCUCUCAGAAAGGCAAAUGUGUGGAAUUAGAGCAUAACGCUCACAUUAACUCCCCAGACGUCUCUGAGUUUACUCUCUGUCCAGAUCUCCUCCUGUCUGUCUGUAACACGUUUUGAUUCCCUGAGUACUAAGGGCAGAUGUAGGACAAGAUUGGAAAGUUCAAAAGUGAUUACUCAUGAAAACAACUUGCAGGUCCAUGAGGACUUUUUCCUUUAUUCAUCGCUCAAUGUGUGAUAACAGCUCUGAUUGGAAACCUUUUACUUAUUUGAAGAAUACACACAGUUGUCACCACGGGAGUUCCUUAGAGCUUUAUUAAAGUCAAUUUGCAACAGUUUGAACAGGAACAUCCCCGUUCAGAGAUAAAGUCAAGUUACUCUGGAUAAGCCACACAUCCUUUUUAUGACUUAAGAGCAAAGGAAAUACCCCAAACUUUCACUUACAGAUGGUCCUCGAGGACUUGAAGGUGUUGAUUUCCCAGAUGUGAAGGGUUCAAAGGGUGCUUGAUAAAAUUGCUCUUCCAUCAAAUUGGGGCACUUACUUCAGUGAAAUUGAAAAUGGAUUGCUAAAUUAUAGCUUUAGAAGCUAAGAGAUCUUGACUCAUGAAUCCUUGGUUAAGCUUUGGAAACACAAAAUAUUUGACAAAUUUCACAGCCCAAAUUGAUCUUCUAUCAGAAAUGUCUUUUUUCUAAAAUAAUCUGAUUUGUAACAACAGAUUAACGAUUAAAGCUCCUGUGAGGAGUUUUUUGACAUUGAUGAAAUACUUUUUAAUUCAUAUUGAUGCCUAAUCAUGGUACACAAAAACAAACAAGACCAUUUCUGAAGAGCAAACUUUAGUUUUUGUAUUUUUUUAAUGCCUUGAAAUGGUGUGAGGGAGAAGGUCUUGGGCCCAUUUUGGCACUUAAUAGAGGAGAAUAAUUAGAAUUAAAUAUUUUGUCCGUUACAUGAGUUAUUAAUAUUUGAUCCAACUAGCUAGGUCUGUAGCUCCUGUUAAAAGCUAUUGACAUGCUCUACUACAAACAGAGGUAGCACAAUGCAGUUUGGCAGUAGUUGUGUGUGUAGUUGUAUCAUCACAUAUGUAUGUGAAGCCAAGUUGUAUGUUGGCUGUGUCGAGUUUAUGUGGCAUUAUAAAUCAACUGGAGUACAGGCAUGUGAGUUUGUGACUGCUGUAGAGUAAGGGUGCACUGCGCUAGAAAUAAAAAGUAUGACAACUUUUUUAAAAACAUUUCAAAUAUUAGGUCUCUUUCAACAACUGCUCUUGAGAUUCCUUCUUGAAAGUUUUCACACAGAUUUGCUAAAUACUUGUUCUUGGAUAAAAACCAAAUUUGUAAACUCUUAAGCAUGUACUUGCACAAACAUGAGGCUUAAUUUGCCAGUGCAGGUUAAUCGUUUUUCUUGUUUUAUAUCAUUAUGUUGCGAUAAAGCACAUAAACCUACUUUUGGCCAGCUCUCUGUUUCUUUUUCCCUCUCAAAAUCAAGAUGAGGCUUUUUGGAUGACACCUUUCUCGAUGCAGUAUCAUGUAAUCUCUUCAUGGGGUUAAUUUAACAUAAAUAUCACAUACAAAUUAGCUUGUUUGUGUUUCAGUCACACUAGUACUACCUCCAUUUCAAGUUCUUCUUACAUUUGAGGUCACAUCACGGUUAUGUUUCAUAUUCAUUUCCAAUCUUUUGUGACCGUAUUAUGCACACACACCAGUCUUAUCUAUGCUGAUAAUGAAAAUAUAACGCAACCUUUAAAUUCACAAGGACAAGUUAUAAGUCGACUAAAGUUUACAGGUGUGAACUUGUACGCAUUUGAAAAAAAGAGUCAUAAAUCUGCUUUUUUUUUAAUAAUUCAUGAAAAACUGGAGAAGACAUGUAGAAGACUCAGUUGUAGAGCAGGCUAGGCGCCCCAUGUACAGAGACUACAGUCUUCUUAGCUGGGGUCUUGUGAUUGAUUCCCAGUAGUGACAGUAUUUGGUGCAUGUCACCCCCUACCACCAACCCUCCUCCUCCCACAUCUGUUUUUUUUCCCCAAGAUUUUCCCUCUGACAAAGGCAAAAAGCCCCAAAAGAAACAGAGAGAUGGUUAUGAAAGAGGCUUUAAAAAUGUUCUAUAAAAAGAGUUUUCAUGUUCGCAUAUACUGGAAUCCAUAAGAGGCAACAAAAUUAUGCUAAUGGAUUACUGAUAUAUGGGCCUGGCAUAAAUAUUCUCAGACUCCAAAGAGCUCCCCUGGUCUCAGAUGACAUGAAAUAGUUCCACAGCAGGCUGGAUUGCACCCCCCACGAUGAGGGAGCUAACCAUGAUGUGUGAAAUCGGAUGAAUAACUGAGAAUAGAUAUCUCAAUUUAAUACAAUACAUAAUAAUAUAUUCUAAUUGCAGCUGGGGCGCUUCCCAUGGACAAAAGUGCAGUAGAAAUAAUUCAGUAUGCUGUUACAUGCACUGGGGAUCCUGGGCUCAAACGCUGGAAAUCACAGUGUAUUUUAGGCAUAUAUAAUGCAGAGCCAUUUUCUUUUUUGAAGUCUGUCUGCUGAAAGUUUCCUUGCAGCCCAUAUUAUCUAUAGACACACACCACAGAACGGCUAGAUUGGAUUUACUAUAUCAGUCUCGGGCGAAACAUGAGUUUGUUGUAAUUGUGAUGACAAGUGAACUGCUCGUGCAAGAUUAGCAUUUGUUGUUAUGUCACUGGAGCGUUCCUCCCGAGCUGCUCGCUAAUGAAUUCUGCUGAAAUCUUACUCCCGCCUCACUCCACGCUCCUUCCCCCUAACGCACUCACAUACACACCCAGAGAACCACACAUCCCUGUUCUAAUAAAAGAACUCCCCCUCUGCUCAGAAGCAUCCCAACUGCUCAGUUGCUUCCAUGUUAUUGAAUUUUGUCUCCCAGAAAUGAAAUGAAGGUGCUCUUCUCUACCAAGCAGCCAAUAUAUAUUGUGUGACAUAAUGUCAACACUCAGAAUUAACUAUUUACAACCCCCUUGUGCAUGUGUGACCUUUCCAUAACAUCCUAUCCGUCCGUCUGAGCAGGUGGGUGCUCUGGACAUCCUGCAAUAACGUUGCCAGGUGAAGUACCAGUGGAGUCCCCAGCAUGCCCAUACUGCAUCUACUACAACCAGCUUGGUGACACUGAAAAUGUUAAUGAGCAGACUGAAGACGAGCAGCAUGGGUACAUCAAUUCAUGCCCUGGCAACAGCCCGUGUCACAGUAACAGCCCCUGUGAUUGUGGCAGCCCCUGUCGAGCUGAUGCCCAGGUACCUGAGCCAAAGAAAAGGCUGCUGGAGCAGUGCUGGGCGGGACUCCGAACCAAACUGGAUCUCAUCGUUGGCAGCAGAUACUUCAACAGAGGAAUCAUGAUUGCCAUCCUCAUUAACACGCUGUCGAUGGGCAUUGAGUACCACGAACAGGUAUGUUUGUAUUGCCGAAAGAGGCGGCAUGUGUCUGUGUGUGUAUGUGCAUAUCUGCGUGUGUUUAUGCAACCGCGGCUUGAUUGAAAAUGGAUGUGCUAAUCACCGUGUGCGGCGCAGUCAAUGAACUUACCCUCCAAUCAACACUUACAGCAGUAGGCAUAUGGGAUCACGGCACGCGUGUGUGCGAGAGUGUGUGUAUGUGCCCGCACAUGUAUCAGGAGAUGGAGAAACUCAUAAGACCUGAAGUGUUAAUUAAAGCGUGACCCUGGGACAGGAAAGAGAGCGAGCUGUGCAGAGAUGGGCCAGAGUGAGAGGAGCGAGCAGGAGAGGAUGGAGAUGUAAGGAGGGAGAGGAGGGGAGCAGAUCUGACUUUGUGAUUGGCUGAAAGGCAAGAGUAGACCGAGGGAGAUGAGGGAAGAUUUCAUAUGGCCCAUUUCCUGAACAAUAUGACAGAUAUGGACGGCCUUAACUGCUUGAAUGGCUUAAGGAUGAUUUAUUUUUCAUAACCAAAAAAAGGAUCUGAAGAGACUGAAAACCAACAAUGAGAAUGUAUUAAUGCUAAGAGUAAUGUAUGAAUACACUGUCAAGUCCUGAUACAGCUUUUCUUCUCUAUGCUAUAGAAAUGUAUCUAAAAACCUUUUCAGCGCAAACACAGAGCCAUGCAGCUUCAGUGGGCAACAUUCCCUCAUUUCAGUGAACACGGCCACUGCAGCUCAGUCUGACACCUCAGGGACUUGUGUUUUCUGAUCUCUGGAGAGUAGCUCUGUGUCAAGCAGAUGUCACUGAGCAUGCUCAGACACACAGUUACAUGUUUACUCUGCUUUGUUGGUCUGAUGAGUUUGGGAGGAAAAGGCACAGUUGUUGUGUACAGGGAUAUGUUAUCUAAUGCCACCAUGCAGCUUUUUUUUUUUUUACAUGUACAAGCUUGUAAUAAAGAGCAGAGAAAUAUAAGACCUUGAUUAAAAAAAAAACAAAACACAGUGAACUACUAGUUAUUUCUUUUUUUUCAGCUCUUAUUUUGAGCACCUUUUGCCUUUUUAUUGACCACUAUAGGAUGCAUGUAGGACACAUGCUUAAAUGUACAGACACACUGGUGUCCCAAUGACUGGUUAAAUUUUGUUUGCCAUUUUAAAGCAGAAAACCCCGUUACCGUACAAUAGUCAAUUUGUGUUGUCUCACAAUUAUGCUGUACGACUCCUUAAAACUUAUUUCAGACUAACGGGUUAAUCAAAAUCCAAAAAUGGGGAUUAAUGGGGAUCAAAGGGUAACAAAAAAUUAGUAAACAGCCAUGGCUAUAACAUAUUUUAUAUAAAAAGAAUACGGUAUGUUAAAAAAUAAGGGCUAUAAAGCAAGUUUUUCAAUCGCAGUUCAUCUCAGAAUUUCUGUAGUUAACUGAGGUCAAUCCUGUUUCUAAUGCAUUAUGAAAAUUCUUUUGAUUUUACAGCUCAAAACCGAUUUUUGUUAACAUAAAAUUAACAUAACAUAAAGUAAAUCUUUCCAGUGUUUUGAUUUGGGAGUGCCAGGUCCAAUCAGUGUUAAUAGUGACUGCAGUUACUCAGAGUUUUUCUCUUGCUGCUCUCUCUGUUUAAUAUAAAUUCUGUAGGCAUGAAACUAUUCUUCCUUGUAAAGCCUCUGACUGGUCUCAGUUGUAACCCAUUAAGCAAGAGCUGCAGUUAACUACUGUGAUGUAGUAUUUUUAUCCACAGGUCAUUGGCUGUGACCUGUGAAACAGGGCAAAAUGGAGUCCUGCUGGUCUUUGUGAUGGGGUUGCCCGCUGACAUCCAUCUGAUUAGCUGCAAAUGUAUGCUGGGCUUGUAGGUGGUAGCUCAAACUCACGGCACUUUAGUGAUGUUUUAAUCCCUUUAAGACAAAGUAAAUAUUUCUUUUUUAGCUGAGCUGUCUGUGAAUUUUUCAGGUGAAAGGUGCCACUCAAAAGUGAAGUGGUGUUGUUAGUUUUAAUCAUGGUGGCAUCAAGCAAAUAUGUUUGCUUGAUGAGUAUACUCUUUAUUUCCUCCCCAAAUUUGAUUUAUCUGGCUUUAAAUGUUUGGAGGUCUUGAAUUUUUCUCAAUAACCUCAAAACUUUUCAUUAAAACUCGACUUUAAAUCUUUCUUCAAGUUUUGUGUUUAGUUUUCUCCUGCAAGGUCAUUAUGACCACACAGGGACUUCUCAGUAUCAGUAGUAUUAAUGAUAAAAAUUCUUGCGCUCCCUUUUCUCCAAAGGAUUGUGGGAAGAAGCCUGACUAUGUUCACAUCCUGGGGCAGCUUCCCCUAGAGACUUUGUUCACAUAAACUUAAACUGUUGCCAUGAGAGACAUUUUAGAAAUUCAUCACAUGUUGACUUUAUUGCGUGUCUCAGUGCCAGUCUGAGUUCCUUUGUUUGUUUGUGUUUUUCCUCCCUUUGCUUGUUCCAUAUCUGUGCAUCAAUCUCUCCUCCUCUCCCUCCUCCUCCUCCUCAGCCGCAGGAGCUGACAGAUGUUUUGGAGAUCAGUAACAUGGUGUUCACCAGCCUGUUCAGUCUGGAGAUGCUGCUCAAAGUUCUGGCUCUCGGGCUCUUUGGCUACAUCAAAAACCCCUACAACGGUUUUGACAGCGUCAUCGUUAUCAUCAGGUAAAGCCCUGAUGAAGGAUCUCGGUCCGUCAGUGUACAUGAAUUUAGUUGAUAUUUAUUUGUUUUGUCAUUUGAAAGUCCUCAAUGCGAGUCAGCAGCAUUGCAUUUACAUCAUCUGAGACUGUCACGUUGAUGCUGCCUUUGGCAGUGAGGCCAUUUACUUGGACCCUUUCAGUCCAGAGGGUCUGUAUUCACUCCAUUAUGUAGUACUACUAGCUAAAUUAUGUAUCCACACUUGAAGGCUGUGCUUGUUUACUGUGCCAGUGCACACUGUUUUCACCGUCUUUAUUGGCUGGUUAGUUGUGAACAAUUUUGGCCAAUUUACCUUUAUUUAGUUGCCACAUGCCCCAAUGAAAAUAAGUGAUCACUUUUCAACCUGGACAGGGGGGCUUUUGUAGACAAACCUAGUGCUGACUUCAGAAACUUCCUGGUAGCUUUAAUGUAAGUUUGACUUUGUCCCAAGAGCCUGUUUGUAAUCUGUGUGUGUGUGUGUGUGUGUGUGUGUGUGUGUGUUUGUGUGUGUUUAUGUGUAGUGUAUGGGAGAUAGUGGGUGAGGCAGAGGGAGGCUUGUCUGUGCUUCGUACCUUCCGCCUGCUGAGAGUUUUGAAGCUGGUCCGGUUCCUUCCUGCUCUGAGGAGGCAGCUGGUGGUGCUGAUGAAGACAAUGGAUAAUGUGGCCACGUUCUGCAUGCUGCUGAUGCUCUUUAUUUUCAUAUUCAGGUACAUUUUUACAGGUUUCUGCUUUAAAGGUGCAGGGGUUAGCUAAGAAUCAGAAGCAUUUCACAGCUAUAAUAACACUGGUUUUGUCUCACAAAAGCCACAAACAUUGCAACUGACCUUUUCCUACAUUUUUUACAGAACGUGUGUGACAUGUACGAGAGCACAGCUAUUCAUGCAGGCAGCAGUUUGACAGCUUGUUGCACAGCAUACAUAUUAAGUUCUUAUGAAAGUUCUCUCUUCCUUUGUUUGCAUGCUCGUCCCAGUAUCCUUGGGAUGCAUCUUUUCGGCUGUAAAUUUGGUCUGCAGCAGAACAGCGGAGACACUUUGCCUGACAGGAAGAACUUUGACUCCCUGCUCUGGGCGACUGUCACCGUGUUUCAGGUCAGAAAAAUAUCCCUGAAAGGAAAGACGGAGCACACAAAUGCAAUAAAAUAAUAGAUGAUGUCUAAUUUAGAGAGAUCUCUAUGAACUUCUGCGGCAUGGAGCUUUUUAAAUUAAUUGGGAUGAGAUUCAUUCAGCAGCUGCUCCUGUCACUUGUAUUAGCGCUGAUGAUCUUCUACAUUAUUUAAUUCCCUCCAAUUUGGUGGAGCCACACUCGGCUUUUUCUGCAAAACAUAGAAACUCUCCCAGUGGGCAGGUGAAAUACACAAGCUAAGAGGGAGGAGGAGUGAUGAAACACACACUCCACAGGAACUCAUUUAACACUGAUGAGCAUCAUUACUGUUCAGCUAACAAUGAGAUAUUAAACAGGAACGCGCUCCUGUUAUUUUUGAUAUGAACCCCAGUCCUCAUUCCUGUCCUGAUGGCUGCAUUUCUGGUUCAUUUAAACAUCUUUUAAUGAGGAUUUUUUAUGUUGAUGAAACUACUGUAUUAUAUGAGAUCAUUAAUAAGGGGGUGUUAUUGCAGGUUAUCCCACUUGAUACACGACUAAUCACUGUAGAAAUCAAAACAUUUUUGCUGUCUUAAGGGGAUAUUCCGGUGUAAAAUUAAUUUAGGGUCAAACACACCGAGUUAGACACCCCCUCGAGAGAUGAAUGUUGCCGACCGCUUGCUUCACUAGUUAGACCAAUUUUUGUAACAACUGCAGGAUAGCAAUACACAGCAGUCUCAGGAGCCACACACAAACCUCAACCAAAGAGACUAAACACAACUCACCUACACUCUUCCACCAGCUGCUUGUUUGUAGCAAGACCUCAGGCCAGUCCAUUACGGACUGCAACUGGGGGACGCAGCUCAAGGAAGAACAUUUAUGAUCAUUUUUUUAUGGCAAUGCAAUCAGACCAAGACACUAAGGGAGAAGAACUACCGUGUCUGCAGUGCAAAAUGUUUAAUAUGGUGAUUAUAACUUCAAGGAAAUGAUAAAGUAAUGAUCAUAAAUGUUCUUCCUUGAGCUGUGUCACCCCCCUGUAGUCCGUAAUGGACUGGCCCGAGGUCUCGCUACAAACUAGCGGCUGCUGGAAGAAGAAGGUGAGUUGUGUUUAGUCUCUUUGCUAAAGAAAUCAGGCAAAGUUAAAAAGAUGUUUGGUGGCUAGUACUGUGGCUGGGACCCUGUAUGUACUGUUGAUGAAGUUAGGUGCUGUUCUGAGCAUUAUUUGUGGCUAUAGAGUGGCGUUUGGUUGAGGUUUGUUUAUGGCUCCUCAGACCGCUGUGUAUUGCUAACGUGUGGUCGUCACUAAAGUUGGUAUAACUAGAGAAGCAAGCGGUCGGCAACAUUCAUCUCUUGACAGGGUGUCUAACUCGGUGUUACGGUGUGUUUGACUCUAAAUUAAUUUUACGCCAGAAUAUCCUUUUAAAGCUACUAUAAAGAACUUUUAUUUUGUGUCAAUCUUGGGGCCUUGUAGACAAAGUGAUACUGUCUCUUGUUCUGUACAUGUGAAAGUCGUGUUUUCAAUCAAAUACCUAAUUGCCCCUCUCACGGCACCUUCAGGCAUUAAAAACCAUGACAGAGAACUUAUCAGUCUUGUCACAAAAGGUCUUGUUUGUUUACGGAGUUCAUCAGAAUUAGUUUCGGUCCGUUUCUUUACCAGUUAAAAACUCCUUUUAGUGCUUUUUAAAUGAGGUAGGUUAGCUGCUCUUAAAAAAAAUAAACUGAAAAUCUCCAUUGAGCAAAACAAAGUAAAUGAAAAACUGUGCCACACCUGAUUAAGUUAUGAGUCUGAGUCAUUUUUCAGUCUCUAAGCACCACCAUUACCAGACUGUGUUUCAUUAAUUGUUUACUUCACACUCCACAGCAUCUUCCAUUUUGUAGAUUUCAUAGUCAAAGACUGUAUAAAGCCCAGACAUAGUCUCUGGGAUUUCUUAAGCAGAGUUAAGAUGCAUAUCAAUGGUAGUUGCCAUGCUGGGAUUGCUGACUCAGCCUAACUUUCAGUCAACUUAACAACAAACAAAGAGGUGGAGUUUUCAUGAGACUUCUCUUUAUAUUGUCUUUCAAGUACUGUGUGAUCAUCGCUUCCUUUGACAGUAUUUCCUCUACAUCUCCAAUCCGCAGAUCCUCACCCAGGAGGACUGGAAUGCGGUGCUCUAUAACGGCAUGGCCUCCACCACCCCGCUGGCUGCCCUCUAUUUCGUCGCCCUCAUGACUUUCGGCAACUACGUCCUCUUCAACCUGCUCGUUGCCAUUUUAGUGGAGGGCUUUCAAGCCGAGGUAAGGGCAAAGAGGGGGUUUUAUUCCAGCUACUUAGAGAACGAGGCGGAGAGAACGAGACUAAUUGAGCUCUGUUGUGCUGUUGAUACCAAAGCUGCUUACAAGAGAAUAAUCUCUACCAUCCUGUCUGUGUGGCUGCUCCCCUCACUCUCUUUAUCCAUCAAUCGUUUUCUCUUCCUCUACCCAUUUCUCUCUAUAUCCUUCUCUCUCUUUCUCUCUAUCUUUCCUCCUUGCAGUUUCACGCUGUAACACGCACACAUACACACACAAAAUACUCUCCAGAGGUGGGAUAUGUUUGAUAUCGCCUGCCAUUCACAGCUGGUGAGCUUUGUUGUUUAGUUUUCAUCUUUUAUCUCCAGCAUCAGAGAACACUUGCUCUCUCUCUCUCUCUCUUUCUCUCUCACUCUCUUUCUCUCUCACUCUCUCACCAUAUCACACACACACACUAACACAUAGAUACCCUUUGCCAAAGCCGUCUGCCUCCAUCUUUCUGGCGUGAAUUUUAAUUAAAUUCAGUAAAGCUUUAUUGGCGUGACUACAGGAGAUCGCUGCCAAAGCCAUGCACAUAACUCAACCAGGGAACACUGGAGAGCCCCUCUGCCCGUCCUUUUGUCUCAAACUCACAUUUUUCACUUUUACAACAGUCAACAGACAGCGAGAAAAGGAAGGGGAUGAGUAUGAGGAUUACGUCCAUGAUAGUGAUACCGUUGCUUUGUGUGUUUUUAUGUGUGUGUGUGGUUUUAGGGAGAUGCAAACAGAUCUGAGGCUGACGAAGAGAGACAGUCUCUCACAUACGAGGAUGAGGAGAAGUUGAGGGAACUCUACGCUGCAGGUACAAACUCUCAGACACAGAAAUAUAUUACACUCAUUUUCUCACAAUAAUGCUUCAGGACUAAUAAUUCGUUUAUUCUUAAUAAAGCAUUAAAGCUGAGAGACAUUGUCGAUAUUAAACUAUAAGCGAUUCUUUAGAAAGUUAAAAACAAUAUAAUUUCAAAAAGUAUGAAGAACCUCUUUAAACUAAGAGUUAGUAGUUAUAAUUUAAGAGGUUUGGAUCAUUUUGAACAUAGUUACGUAAGAACAAAUGUUAAAUCCAGAUGUGUUUCUAUUAUUGGUAAAAAGUCAUGGCAUGGACUUGAUGGAGAAUAUAAAUUAUGUACAUUCUUGUCAACAUUUAAAAGAUGUCUCAAACAGAAAAGGAUCAGUGACUGUCAAAACCAUGUAUGAGAACAUAAACCUGAACUUUUGUCUAUAUCAUGUUUGAUUGUAUAUGAAACUGUAAUGUGAAGCUGUGAAGCAUUAUUUCAAUCAAUCAACUUUAUUUCUACAGAACAUUUAAAAGAACCACAAGGGUAGCCAAAGUGCUGUACAAUGACACCUAAAACAAAUAAAACAAUCAAAGAACAAGAUAAAGCGAGCAGAAAUACAUUAAUGCAAAAGAAUAAAUAAGUAUAUAAAUAAAUAUUUGUUGUUAGUGUAAACAGGAUAAGUCAAAUUUGGGCAUUGCUUCAGCAUAUUCCUUUUUUUGGUUUCACUUAAAAUCAAAAAUAAAACCAUAUCUAUCUAUCUAGGAUCAGUUUUCAGGAUCACAGUUGGUGCUUUUACCUCUCCUGUUAGUUAAAAUAACCACAUUUAACUUACCAAGGUAACUGCUGAGAGUUUAAUCCUUUUCAAUAUGAACUCCUGACACGUUUUAAAUGAUUUCAGGACACUGUUACUCUGAUAGUUUCAGGAACUUGCCUUUUAUACGUGCACCUCUUAGCAAGAGAUUAUCUGUGACGGUUGCGCUCCCACAGCUCAACAAAGUUAUUUGAUUUAGGUGAGGGAGGACAGCUGGGUGACUAAAUGGCAGUAGCAAAAGGAGCAGAUAUGAAAAAAGGCCAUUUUGAGAGUAAAAAGACGAAGUAGAGACCGGUUGAAUGUGGUGUAACAUUCAGUGGAAAAGAGAUGGUAGUCAACCUGCUUAGAGGUCAUGAAAUGGCUCCUAAAGUUUUGAAGGAGCCGAUAAGGAUUUUCAUUGACACUGCAUUCAAAGGUAAACAGAUAUUUUCAAAAACAGAUUUUUUUUCUUCUCUCUGUUUUCAAAAGAGAUCCUGUCCACACCAGAUGUGAAUGUCGAAAAGGUUGAAACCACUGACAUAAGCGUGCCUCACCAGUUGAUGGCAAUAACAAGAAGUCAUUCUGUCACAUUUGACAACAUAAAAGAGCUUUGUGCUUUUGUGCAUUUAGCCUCCCAUCAAGUGAGCAGCAGCUGUGAACACUGCUGUUAAGACCCCUUCUCCCACAUCUGCGGUAUACUAAUACUAAAGCUAGGUUUCUUUGUAAACAGAAAAUAAAGCCUCAUAGCACUAUGCACAUGUGAUGGUACAUGCAACACUACAUAAUAAUGAUACAGUAAGGUAGAUAUAUCACAGCAUAGCUCACAGCUCUUUGUCCCAACACAAAUAAAGCAGAAAUAGCUUCAGUAGACUAAAAUUCUGCAUAAAUAAAAUUGUGUUUGUAUUUGUGCACACACAGAGCUGAAGAUCCAGGCCAUGAUGUUGAGUCCAAACGGUCUCCUGAACCCUAAAGCCUCCAUGCCCCCACAUCCUCAGCCUCCUCUACCUACCCUGCCUCCUCUGCCUGUCAUCACUCACACUGCAGCCACGCCCACCAUAAACUCCGGCCAGUCACGCCGGGCGAGUGCCGCCUCCAUGGAUGUCAAUAGUAUUGAGCAGAGGUCAACGGUAAGUCCAGGAUGCAUGCUUUUACUCAUAUAACUGCCACAUACGACAUCUGUACUGAAGCUGAUUUAGUGAGGCACUUAAACUGAGAAACAAGACCGAAGGACUGAGGUCUGAGUUUUAAAUCUUAGAUUUUGUCAUUUUCUUAGACAGUCAAAAACCUUCAAAAAUACCAGAUGAUAUAAUUGUAAUAAAGGACAAAAAGAACAAUCCAACUAAACUCACUUAAAGAUGCCUCAUUGAGUUUAGUUGGUUUAAUUUUGUUGAUAGUCUAUGUAGAUGGAUCUCCCACUGUUGUUCUAAAGUGAUGCAGAAAUACACCCACUGCUGGUGUAUUUGCAGUCUGAGUCUGUUCAGUUGGGAUCAGCUGUCAUAGCACUUACCUACAAUUAUAUCCUGCCCCUUCCUGGAACCAAAACACACAUUUAACUCACUAAUAAGGCUGCACAGAUCCCGCAGGUUGGUUUUGUCUACAGCAGAGCAGAUCACUUAGUCAGUUUGAAGCAGACAGUUACAGGUAAAAAGACGUUAAUGACUCUUGUCCUGGUGUUUGUUAUGUCUCCUCUCACAGUUCCUCCUCUUCUCUGCUAUUCCAGCGCACACAGGAGUAGAAACAGGCGGCAAAUUUUUCAACAGAGCAGAAAAUCAUGUUUGUUAUACCUCUUUUACUGCUUCAAGUAACUAAUGAAAGCUUACCUUGUUAAAAAUUUUAACAAAUGGUGAGUAACAACUAGGGUUAUAAUUUUUUGACAUUUUUAUUUAGUUUUGAUUUGGGUUUUUGGUGUCAAUUUCAGUUUUUUUUUUUUGAUUAGUUCUAAAGGCUGGAUUUUUAGUUUGGUUUCUAUUUUCUGAAAAUUAGAUUUGAUUUAUUUAUUUAUUUAAAUUAUCAGUUUUUUGUUACAUGGGAUAUUAGUCAGGGGCAAGACCUCCCAAAAACUGUACACUGUGAAAAAAAACAUGAUCUCAUUUGGCUAUUUGUCAGAGAUGAGAUUUAUGUGAAAAUCAAGGAUACAGCCAGUGUUACAAUGCAGGUACAAUAAUAAAUGUUUUGUAUUGGUGUGUGGGUUUGUCUGCUUCAUACCACCCCAGUAGUGUCAGUGCCCGUGUUCGGCCACCAGUCAAAAAGGUCUGACCUCACCCCAAGUGUCUUAUUUUUGCAGCAGACUGAUCCAUGGGUAACAGAUAGAUAGAAAAGAGAAGGAACUCAAAAUACAGGUAAAAGACAACAUGUCAGGGAUUUAUGUCCACGAAGAGCGCCACUUUCACUACAAUUAACAGUUUUGUUGAUCUUUGUAUAAAGUAAUCCCUCUACAGCACCACCAUCAAUAUAAACAAAUAACAGGUCAGUCCAUACAGAUCAUCAAAAAUAGGAGAAUUUCUUUAACAGAACCAGAAAAACAGUGUCAUAAAUAACGUUUUUUACUUCACUGUCCACAGUAAAUUAAAGGAAAGACAGUAUUUGAAGAACAACAGCUGCUUUACGUGCGUCAGUCAGAGUAUUAACAGUCAGGUGAACAGGAAGUAGUCUCAGUGUCUCGGUAAUACCUCAAGCAAACUCUUGAAAAUGGCCUACCCAACAUGCUAGGCGAUAGAAUAAUAAAGAGAAAUGGUUUUAACUUCUGCUCUUUAAAGGACAGUCUAACCAAAAUCAAACCCCUAAAAAAUUAAAGACAUUUUAUUUUGUUUUGUAAACAGUCAAUACAGUUUUAGUACAUUUUGUCAAUGAUGUUGUAAUUUUCAGUGAUUUCAUUGGUUUUUUGUAAUAAUGAUAACCUUGGUGCCAACUGUACUGACUGACCAUGUGAAUAGAAUAUUAGAUAAUAUAGUUUGACUCAUGUUCCAUCUGUUCACAUGGAGGAGAUGGAGGUUCUGACAUAGACUGCAGGCAGUCAGCAUGGAGAGCUUUACAUCUUUUAGCAUCACUUAUGGGAAGCUGUCAUGUUGUCCAUAUAUUAUACAUUGAAUAGAUUAUGUUCAGUGUUUGUCAUUGCUGAUAUAAGACUGAAUGCAUCCCUUCUGUACACUUCUUUACACCAAAAAUAUAUAGAAAAUAUGAAUAUUUUUGUUGUGAGCAUUGUUUACUCUGGCAGUCUGGUUGUCAAAGAGGUGUUUUUUUUUUUUUAAGCAUAUUGCCUUAUUUCUCUGGCGCCUUGCUACUGCUUAUUGUUUAUCAGUUGAGUCAUACAGCCUUCCUCUUAUUCAAAGGCAAACCUUGAUGUGUUUAAGGCAAACACCAGCUGGGUUUAUCAUGAUUUGGCUUGUGUGUUUGAUUAUUUCUGGCUGAUGUUAGGUGUUUUAAGAACAUUAGCUAAUUGAAUUGAUCGACCAUCUCCUUGUAAAUGCUGUUUUGUUGGUGUCUUGUUUGUCCUUUUUCAUGUGAUGAGGUUUUCACUGGUCAUCUUUAUAGCAGCAGAGUUGACCCAUAUACACACUAGUCGAGCCAGGUUCCAGCACUAUUUAGUCUCUAACCUAAUUGAGUCUGACUGCUAAUCUCCUCUAUUGACUCAAGUCUCAGCUCUCUGUGUGAAUACGUCUGAUGCACGAGUGGAUCCGGGCAAACGUCCUAUCAGCUUUGAUCACACGGUGAAGGAGAAGAAUGUGGUUUUCGAGGCGUGACAGAAAGUGCAACCUGUGCAGUGCAGGGAAAAAUCACACGCAUUGCUGCUCUUUUCGACUGUCGCUGCCUGUUAAUUGGUGGCACGCUGCUGUCAGUGUUGGUGUUCUCUCCAGCUGUGGAUGUUUGAGAGCUUAGCGGUGGGGAUUUUCCACUGAAGUCCUGCCUCGCCUUUUUGUGUUGUUUCAGGUGAUUGUGCUUAUUUACAGUGUUUCUUUAACAGCACAAGACACACUUUUUUUUCACAGUACAAUCACACAAUUUUUGUUGCAUUUGUUCUUCUAAGCCUCAUCUUGGAUUCAUAUAACUAAUUUGUCCCUGAAAAGCUUCCCUUCUCAUUGCAAUUUACUCCUUUAACACACACACAUAUAUAUAUUUUUACAUUUGUACACAUCGAAAUCCUGUCCUGCACCUUUUUUCUCACUUUGUCAAAUAGGAGAGUGCUCACUUGCCGUUUGUUUAUCAAUCUUAGGCAGGAAUUAGGAGUGUUAGUUUUGAAGCAGGAGAUCUCCCUUCAAAUAAUUUUUUGGCAGUAUCAUUAUCUUAUGGGAGAGAGAUUGAAUAAGGGCCUUAAUCAAGCACAGAAUACAGAACAAAACUAUCACUGAAGCAUUGUUCCAGAUUUCCACAGGGUACCUUUAAUCUGUAAACAAGUAAGUCUUAGUUUGCACUGGAAAAAACAGAAUUUUAAUCGGCUGUUACUAUUUUUCGCAGCUGUCUUCACAGUCUCUGUGGGACAGUGGCCCAGAGAGCCGUCGCUCCAGCUGGACCAGCAUAGGCCGAGCUCCCAGCAUCCACAGGAAGAGCCAGUCAGGAGAGAUGGAGUCCCUGCUAUCAGACACACACACCAGCUCCAUCCCCAGCAGCAGGGAGCAGUCUUUGGACCAGUCGGAGUACCUGCAGGUGCCCAUGCUGCACCAGACAGACUGCAAUGGCACCACCCUUCAUCUCCCGGACUACUACUAUGAAGAUGCGCCACUGACCACGCAUUACCCUAGCGAUCAGGAGGAGGAGGAAGCAGAGGAGGUGCAGCCCUUUGUGCUUUUUGCUCUGUUUCUGUUUACCAAGAUGCCAAUAUAGAUAUCAAAGGGGUUCAUGGCACGCUAAUGGUCACACUGCGGUUAUUUUCACUUACAAAGAGUCAACAAAAGAACUUGUGUAGGCGUGCACAAAAGUUCAAAAACCGCUGCUAAUUAACUUGCAAAGGCAUUAAUUCCAGUCUCAGUGACCUUAGACACUCAUGCGUCUUAGAAAAUAUCUAAUGAGCUCAUUUUCAGUUAGAGGCAGACUCAAAUAAACAUUGUUUGAAAAUCUGUUGUAAUAGAUUAUAAUUUAUGCACAGAUCAGCAACCCUGCAUAGUUUUGGUAACUUGAUACAUGAUUAUAAGUUUUAUUAUAAGUUUUUAUAUCCUCUUUAACUUUAUAUCUGUCAUAUUAUCAUAUUGCAUCAGAUUAUAUUCUAUUGUAUGGUAUCGUAUAAUAUUGCAUUGUAUUUUAUGUGGUCCUAAUUCAUCAAAUCAUACUUGUUGUAUCGUAUCCUGUCAUAUUGUAUUAUAGCAUAUAGUCUUUUUAUAUUUCAUUGUUUCCUAGUGUAUUGUAUGUAGCUUAUACAUAUUGUUCUUUGCAAAUCUGUGUCUGUGUGCAGAGUUUAUGCAAGAAGCUGAAGAGGAUACUGGAGCCAUAUGAGCCUCAGUGGUGCCUUGAGCAUGAAGAGUGGUCCCUCUAUCUGUUCGCUCCACACAACCAGUAAAUACACACCACACAACCCCCCACACACACAUACACAGUCCUUGAUAUCCUCCUGAGCGCUCCAGGUGGCUUAAGCCUCGUCAUGUGCGAAAAUUCCCAGCUUAGGUGUGAAGGAUACCGCUUAGGCUUAGUAACACAAUUUUCACAUUUAUCAAUUAAAACUGGCAGGGUGGAGGCUGCUUACACAUUAUGGUGACAAAUGCAGUGACGGGUAAUAAUCACGUUCACAACAAAGAUAAAAAAGUAGCUGCUGACGUUCUCUCCCUGUCUUUUUCUGUCGCGUCACUCACUCUCUUUCUCUAUCUAGGUUGCGCAUUUGGUGCCAGAAGGUCAUAGGUCACAAGAUGUUCGAUCACGUCAUCCUCCUCUUCAUCUUCCUGAAUUGCAUCACCAUUGCUCUGGAGAGACCUGACAUACAGCCCAACAGCAUGGUAACACUCAUGCCAACACAUGCAUUCACACAUAUUCAUCUAUAUUUGUGAAGUCCCUAAUUUACACCGUGCAUCUGACCUUUAAAAUGGUUGCAGCUCAACUGUGAGCCUGUGUUCCUUACGUGUUGCAGCUUUACAUGAAAUUUGUUGGUGCUAACCUUUUUCUUUUAUUGUUUAAGCACCAUUACUAAACUGUCAAAUGUGUGCAAGACAGAUUCCUCUGUGGAGUAUGGUAGCAGAGCGUAGCGUUGCAUUGCGUAGCAUUGCAUUGGAUUGUGUUGCCUCAUAUAGUUUUGUUCCAUUUUGUUUCAUUUCAUAUCAUAUUGUAUUGUAUUGUGUCACAUCAUAUAGCAUCAUAUCGUAUCAGUUGUAUCAUUUUAUAUCAUACUGUAUCAUAUCUGUUUUAUAUUAUCAUAUCAUAUCAGUCAUAUCAUAUCCUAUCAUAUUAUAUCCAAUCAUUAUGUAUCAUUUCAUAUCGUAUCAUAUUGUAACAUAACGUAACGUAACCUGACUGUUAUCCUACUGUUUCAUGUGUUCACUGCUUUUUCCCUUAUUGUGAGCAUGAACAUAGUUCUCAUUGGUUUUUGAUUGGAACUUAUCUUUUGGUCGACCUUGCUAGAGGUCAAGAGGCAGAGUGGAGUCAAGCCUCAUGGCUAAUAUGUAAUGUGUGCUCAUAUUGUAUUAAAUAGAAAUACAUCACAUUGUAUUAUAGUCUUUAGUAUCAUGUUGGAUCAGCAUGUACCAUAUCCUAUCAUAUCAUAUAUUUUUAUAUUGUAUCAUACAAAACAUAACAUAAAAUAUCACACCAUGUUUGAUUUUAUCCCAUUAUAUCAUAUGGAAUUUAAUCAUAUUGUGUUGUUCCUUAUCAUAUUGUAUUGUACUGUGUGCUGUCACAUGUCAGGUUCAGUAUAAAAUUGCAUGUUUGUAUCACAUUAAAUUUUUAUGUAUUUUAUUUCAUCUCAUUCUGCUGUAAUGUAACACAUCACAUCAUGUCCUGAUGUAUCUUAGCAUAUCACAUUGAAUCAUAUUGUAUCCUAUUAUAUCUAUCUUAUUGUAUGGUUUAAAAUAUCACAUCAUAAUUCAUUGUAUCUUAAUGUAUCACAUUGUACUGUAUUGUAUCAUAUCCUAUCAUGUUGUUUUAUAUCAUUCAACGUAUCCUCAUGUGCAGUAUUGUACUUCAGUGUGUUCUAUCCUUUAUUGUCUAAUCUUGUAUUGCAUUUGAGUAUUCAUUUUUUACAGCAUUUUGAUAGUUAUUGUCUUAAUGCAUUUUUGUGUAAGCUAAGCACUGUGAACUUAACAUGCACUACCUAAACAAAAUUCAACUCUUUCCACUACUCUGACAUCUUUUUUUUUUUUUUUUUAAACCUAAAACAGUCAGAAACAGAGAAGAUGUCUAUAGAAAAAAGUUUGAAACCCUGGAUUGGUUCUCACAAGGAUAGACAGACACUCACAAACACACACACUAACAACACAUGCUUCAUACGCUGAUCUGCUUGUUGCAGUAAGUGGGGGUCAUUAUGGAAACAUGUGCUGCUCUCAGUAUGUUUUUUUGUUUUCUUUCUACUACAGUGGUAAUGGAUUUAUUUCAGCUCAUUAUGUAACACAUUGCUGUUGGUUUGAGUUCAGAAUCAAAGCUGACACCGCAGUGACACAAAGCCCUUAAACUGAUGGAUGUGUGUGUGUGUGUGUGUUUGACAGGAGCGCGUAUUCCUCAGCGUGUCCAAUUACAUCUUCACUGUGAUCUUCGUGGGUGAAAUGAUGAUCAAGGUAACCAUAACAAGACAAGUUUCACUCCAAAGUCAUUUUCUCUCCAUACUCAUAAAUGGAAAAUUAUCCUCCUGGUUGGGGAUCAGAAUUGCUUUUAGUAUCAUUUUACACCUCAUAUUAUUUCAUUAUUUGGGUAAUUUAGCUGGAGCUCUGGGUUUCUCUGUGUGUGAUUGUGUGAAGGUGGUAGCUAUGGGCCUGUACUUCGGGAAGGGUGUGUACCUGCAGAGCAGCUGGAACGUCUUAGAUGGAGUUUUGGUGUUUGUGUCGCUGGUGGACAUCCUGGUCUCCGUCGCAUCAGCAGGCGGGAAUCGAAUCUUUGGGAUCCUCAGAGUGCUACGUCUUCUUCGUACGCUGAGACCACUCAGGUAGUUAAACAAGGAUUUCCCGUGUGUGCUUACUGCAUUCACACAACCUAGUGUGUAGCCUGUGUGUAAGUGUGUGUAUUUGUGUGUAUCCUAGGGUGAUAAGUCGAGCUCCUGGUCUCAAAUUGGUGGUUGAAACCCUGAUCACAUCUCUCAGACCCAUCGGGAACAUCGUCCUCAUCUGCUGUGCUUUUUUCAUUGUGUUUGGAAUUCUGGGAGUUCAGGUAAACGUUUAUACAGUAAAGUCCUCGUUCAUCCCCGGGUGUUUGAAGAUAAGCUUCAUUAUUUUGCCGGGGAAAAUACUUAUUUUCACCCGGAUUAUGAACCCAAACAUCCAAAGCUUGUUGUCUUCCCUGCUGCACCAAGACACUGUUGAGCGAGCUUUAGAAUAAAUGAGGCAUAUCUCAGGAAAUGCCUCAGGUAAUAAAAAGUGGAGGGAAAAAAAUUGGAAGAAAAUGCAAAUGCUGCUGAUUUUGUACCAGAAAUCCCUGAAAGUAAUUUAAAAAAAAAAAUACAAUGGUUUAACUAGAGGGGGGGCUGUGCUGAGAAUUUGUUUUCUAAUUAAAUUCUCAUUUAUUCUUGUAUCAGUGGAUUAAUGAAAUGUACUCAUUUUAGAUAAUAUUUGUCAGUUUUUUUUAAUAAUCGCAAACGAAUGAUGAAUGAUGUUCAUUUUAGAAAAACUUAACAAUAAUGAGGCCCGAUUGACUGAGUGAGAUGAGCAUGUUGUUUAACAGUGCCUUCGAGGAGAUAAAGCUGGUUUAGGGUGCAGGAGAAGUACAAAACCAUUCAUUUCAUCACUGCUUUAAACGAGUGAUGCUGCUUUUCAGAAGUUUCACCUCUGCAGGCCUUGAAACAUUUUAAAAAAUCUCACUGUGAAAUUUCUGUCUGAUGAUUCUGCUCUUUGGUUGAACUGCCCAUAAUUUACAUGCACGCUGCAGCUUUUCAAAGGGGUGACAAGGUUUAAGGUUGUGAAACGGUACAAUACCGUUUUUGCAGAGUCAUGCUGCUAAAUCAAAAGUGAUGUUUUGGAUUUGAAGCCAGUCAUUGCAAAGCUUUUGAUAAAUCCUACUCCUCUGUAAGUUUUCAAUCUUGCAAAUAUAAUUUACAGAGUAUUUAAACUAAUGAUUGCAUGAGAAAUGAUGCUUCUAUCAAGUUAUGAAGUGCAAAAUCAACAGUGCAAUAUUAUUUAUAGAAGGACUCAGCAUAAUUCACCAGGAAGCAAGAACUUAGCAGCCGUAGUGAAGAAAAACUUCCUUUAACAGGCAGAAACCCUUAAGCAGAGCCUGACUUAUUCCCAAACAACCAAUGAGACUAAAUGGGUUAAUAUUUCUUAUUUUGUUGAAUUCUUAUUAAUUUGAAAAUAAUGCUUAUAUUUGAUUCUAGAGUCCACUGUUGAUAAAAAAAAUAACCCCACUCCUGCUUAUUUUUCUGUGAAGUACCUUCUUAACGACUUUCCUUGCAAAGAUUUUUUCGGCUUUGUCCAUUUAUCCCCCAAGGUUUGGAGGCUCGUAUCUUUGUUAUUACUUUUUCACAAGCAGGAUGCACUAUUUUACAAAAAUACCAGUCCUUUUCUGAGCAGCAUCCCAGCAACCGAUCCCAGAAUGUUGCUACUUUUGGACACUUUCAACCAAAUUCUCUCCAAUAUUAAGAGCUUGCGGAUGAAUGCUGUGAGCUUCUUAUUUGAAUGCCAUUUCUCAUGAGAUAUGUCUGUGUUCGGUUCUUUUAGAUUUUAUGCAACCAGUAUUAUUUUCUUUCUGCUUUUGUGAGCACUGCUGUAGCCUGGAAAUGAUUCUCUUGCUUGCUUGCUUGUUGAGACAGUGUGGUUAGGACAAAUGCCUUCCUGUUAUUCCAGGUUCCAGCCUUUAUCCUGUAGAUAUCUCUAAAAAAAAAUCAUUGCUUUGCAGUUGAAAUACUUUUUGCAGUUCUCCAAAACGUUUGUGCUUCAUAAAAAAAGCUUUUGUUAGAAAGGGGGAUGUCUGCCUCUCCCACCUACACAGGCAGCUGACUCCAAAGAGGAAAGGGAUUGAAGGCUCUAUCUCUUGAAGCCUUCAGGUGCCAUUCUUGAUAAAUAUUGCAGCUCAUAAUAACAACAUCAAUCUCUAAAACACACUGCCACUAGUUUAGUUUCUAAUGAGAACAUGCUGGAGUGCUUCUAAUGACUGUGAGGCAGACUGCAGCAGAUGGUACUCCAACAUCUAAGCAGUAACAUACAGUAAGCCUGCAGCGCUCCCGGUGUAAUUUCACUGUACAUCAAAACGUGUGCCUUCCCUCGCUCCAGGAGGCUUUGUGUACCUUUAAGUUACACUUAGUAUCUAUGUCCGUGUGUACACAUCUGUCUGAGUGUGUUAAUGUUUGUGUGUGCAGCUCUUUAAAGGGAAGUUCUUCUACUGUGAAGGGCUCAAUGUGAGCAACAUCACCAACAAAACCCAGUGCCUGGAGGCAGGACACCGCUGGACUCGGCGGAAAUAUAACUUUGAUAACCUGGGACAGGUUUGACACACACACACACACAGAUACACACAAAUCCUCGAUGGCUGUGACACAUGUUCCAACAAAAUGAUUGACAGCCUGACACUGAUUAAUGUGUGUCUCUCCCUGCCAGGCGCUGAUGUCACUCUUUGUGCUGUCAUGUAAAGACGGCUGGGUCAGCAUCAUGUAUGACGGCCUGGAUGCUGUCGGAGUGGACCAGCAGGUAUACAGACACACACAAACACACGCAGAGGGAAAAAGAGAGGUUGUGGGGAGUGAAAGUGAAUAACAGAGACUCUUUUUAGGCAGUGUGUAUUGUAUUUUGCAGUGUUUUGUUCCUGCUUUUUGUCAGCUUCAGGCAGAAUUUAAGUUUCUCUAAAAGCAGAAAAGCAAAAUAUUUCAGGAGAGAGUGGAGUGUAAGGAAAGAAAAGGGCAGACAGAUAAAUAGAUGUGAGUUGACAGUGUUUGCUGCUUCACUGCUGACUCAGGAUUUACAUUGUCUUCUUGUUUAUGCUCUCCUUCCUCUCCUCGCUCUUCACCCCCCUGUUGUCACUCUUUGGUCCUCCUUUCUUUUCCCCCUUUUUGUCCCUGUGUUACCUCCUUUUCUGAAUUCUCUCCCCACCUUUCCCUCCCUGCAGCCUAUAAGAAACAACAACCCGUGGAUGCUGCUGUUUUUCAUUUCUUUCCUGCUCAUCGUCAGCUUCUUCGUGCUCAACAUGUUCGUGGGCGUGGUGGUGGAGAACUUUCACAAGUGUCGGCAGCAGCAGGAGGAGGAGGAGGCGCGGCUGAGGGAGGAGAAACGACAAAGACGGUUGGAGAAAAGGAGGAGAAGUGAGAAAACAGGAGGGGGAGGGGGAACACAAGACAUGUACAGUAUAUGGCAGUAUACAGAUGCGUUGGCAUCACAUCCAUAUGUUAUUGCUGAGCCAGUUGUUCUGAAAGUAUGAGUGCUAAUCUGCUUCUGCUGUGAGUGCCCCCACACUUUUAGAAAGGCUUCCUUAUGACAACAGCGUUUAGGAGCUGAGCUUCAGGUAUUUGCUUCCAUUCAGCUAUAAGAACAUCACGCUCAGUGUGGGCAAUUUUUGGCAAAAACAGGAUUUGCUGCUUUUGUGUGACAGUCUCUCUGCCAUCUUUGAAAUAAGAACUACUUUUCCUGGAUCAGCUCAAGUUUUAGAGGUUUAAAAUUAACUUGAAAAUAGGCUUUGAGCUCCUGCGGGGGGCCUUUCAUAUUGAGUUGGUUUCGCGCCCUGUGGACAAAGUGGUACCUUUGUAUUUAAAUUACCUUGUCUUAUUUAUGUGUAACGAGUAUUGCUGAUGAAAACCUUGCAUUGCUUUGUCUUAAUGCUGAAUUUUUUGAAUUAAUAGAUAAAUGCUGUUUGGGCGAUCGCCUCAUAAGACAGCUGUCAGAUGAAUUCAGGUCACCAAAUCUUAAGUUACAGUCCAGUACCUAGUCUAAAAAGGACUCUUAGUCUAGUCCUUAUUACUUGAGUUUGAGUCAGAGCCAGAGUCCUAAUUAUUAACUCUGAAAUUUAAUAUUUAGGAAGACAGCUACCAAUUUUACUCAGUGUAUGAACCACAAUGGUCUGUGUGGGAGUUUUUGGAAGCAUAGUAAACACAUUAACAUCAUAUCCUGACUGAUCCUGUCAGUGUGUCACAUGAUUUAACUUGUCAAUAAGAGUCACAGCAGAGUUUGUCAUGCAUACAUAUACAGUGCAUCUCUGACUCUGAGUCAUUCUGCUGUGGUGGAAUAUCUGCAGAAUGGAACAAAAACACAAAAAUACCUGCAAUCCACACAGUAUUCAUUAUAAUUAUAAGCAUUAUGGUCAUUUAUGAGUGAUUAUAACUAUAGUAAUACAGUGCUAUAACAUGAUUAUAACGCAUUAUGCCUAUAUUUAUAAUGUGUUGUAGAGAUAGGCGUCAAAUAAAGUGCUACCAAAAAAAAAAAACAUCUUAGAGAAGUGCAGGGUGAUGCAGUGAUCAGCUUGAUGUCUCACAGCACACCUGGUUUGAAUCCCAGCUGGAGCCAUUCUGUGUGCAGUUUGCAUGUUGUCACUGUUCAAGGAUCCCCGUGUGGAUAGUUGAGCUUCCCUUGUAGUCCAAAAGCCAUGUUUAUCAAGUCAAUUAGUCACUCUGAAUUACCUGUAGAAGUGAGUGUGUCUGGUUGUUUGCCCGGUGAUAGGCUGGGGACAGAAACAUCAUUUCCUAAACAACUUCCCACUUCCUGCUUUUGCUUGUAUUUUCUGUAAAUGCUGUCGGUGCUUGAGUCUGAGUCCAGCGCUUGGGUUCAAAUCUGGUCAUAAUUUCUGAAUAUUUGGACUUGAGUCAGACUUUGGUGUGAGUCAUGAACUGCAGUGCGAUAAUACUUGUUUUCAGACAUUCAAAGUUUCUCUAUAGCUGUGGUAAAUCUUCUCUUCUAGUCUGUUUGCCUUUUGUAUAUUCAUUGGAUUUUCACAUAUUCUUUAAACUCUAUAAUCAUUCACAAUUUUGAAUGAGCAUUUGCUGCUUCUUAAGGACAGUAUUUGCAGAAAAGAAACCAUAGCAAAUAAAGUAAUAUGCAUCCAUAAUAGCCCAUCAAAUUAAGAAUGUAUAUCGGAAAGCAAAGUUUAUAAAAACAAAGAGAAUUUCCCCUUUUUCAUGUUUCAAUGCAAAUCCAAACAAGACAACAUGCUGUGAUUGGUAUCAUGAAUAAUUGAAGUGCAUCCACAUUGAUCAUAAGUUCAGUGGUAGAUUUUUAAUAAUUAAUCUUUCAAACACAUAUAAUUUAUUUAUCGCAUAUAUUGCACAUACAAUGUAUGAGAAAUGCUGCUGAACGAGCGCUUAAAAACAUUCACCGUUGAUAUACUCUCAGUCAAUAUCUGAAACAUGGUAAGGGUGUAACAGAGCUGCGGUGCAACUACAGUGUGAUGAGUUUACACUCAGUGGACAUUGAGGAUUAGUUAGAUCUGGAUCACUGAUGUUGAGCGAUAAGUUCACCCCAGAGGUAUUAGAUUGGGUUGAAACCUCGGCUCCGAGUUGGCUAGACAAGUUUUUUUUUUUUUCCAACAAUCAGGAAAACAAUCUAGUUAUUGAUCCUGCUUUUGCUGCUGGACAUUAUUUAAGGUCUUCCUCAAAGUACUGAAUGCCUGAUAUUAAAUAGUGCAGCAUUAUUCAAUUCUGCUGUGGCUUCUUUACUUAAUCUUACAAAAACCUCUAAAUCAAGACAACUUAUGUCCUCAUACUUUGACUGCUGAUCUGCACUUAUAUAACACGUUUUCACUCAAUGUGCUCUUCACUAUAUGUCAACAUUCAACCCUUCACACACUAAUGACUCAUCAUCAUUUAAUUCCUUUACACCCGAAGGAUCUCGCUGUUAUGCGACCGCCCGCUCUACCUCCUGAGCCACAGCUGCCCUGUACAUUAUGAUACAUAUAUGUAACAUAACACACACAUGAUAAACCUCUUCCUGCAUACAUACUGUAUGAAAAACAUGCAUAAUUUCUGCUCACAUAUGCUCAGAUACACACAUAGACACUUCACACACCCUAGUCCUCAUUGGUGUGUCCCUCUGUCCUUCCUCUCUGCAUUGUAAUCUCUCGUAGUGCUUUCCUCUUCGUCCGUUAACUGUCUGGCAGCAGGCAGCGAGGGUUUCUGCCCAAAGACACCUUGAGGUGCCAUGAAGUGUGUGUAAGUGUGUGUGUUUGUGAGUGUGAUGGAAAGGACUGAACCCCUGAGGUGGCACUUUGAGUGUGCACACACGGAUAUGCACACUCUCACACACACAGCAGUGCACCCACUUGGCACGCUCUUUAUCAGUGACUUCAUAGCUUGUACCGUAUUUCCUCUCUCAGAAGCAUUUUAAUGACUCUGUGUGCGUGUGUGUGUGUGUGUGUGUGUGCGACACAGGGGCCCAGGAGAAGCCGUAUUAUGCCGACUACUCGCCGCUACGUCGAUCCAUCCACACCGUGUGCACCAGCAACUACCUGGAUCUUUUCAUCACCAUCAUCAUCUUCACAAACCUCCUCACCAUGAGCAUGGAGCACUACAACCAGCCUCAGGUAACCAUAGCAACACCUUCUUCCACCUGCCCUAGAACCAUAGUAAUGAAGCCGAGUGCGGCGGUACAGUACAGCCACAGCGGGCCCUUUUGAAGUGUGUGAGCCUCUUUUGUCUGCGUGUCCCGCAGUACCUGGAGGAAAUCCUGAAGUACUGCAAUUACGUCUUCACCGUGGUUUUUGUCAUCGAGGCCAUCCUCAAACUCAUCGCUUUCGGCCUCCGCCGCUUUUUCAAAGAGAGGUAUACAAACAAAGAGACACUUUUAAACAUGCAUUUCCAUGCUGGGGAAAGCUGAUAUUGUUGAUGCGUUUGUUUUAGAUGGAACCAGCUGGACCUCGCCAUUGUGCUGCUGUCCAUUAUGGGCAUCACACUGGAGGAAAUAGACCUGAAUGCCUCUUUGCCCAUCAACCCGACCAUUAUACGCAUCAUGAGAGUCCUAAGAAUAACAAGAGGUACACACACAAACACCACAAACACGAUGACACACACUCGCAGGAUGCUAUGUGCUUGAUAAGAGCUGACACGCUGCGAUGUUUCAGUGCUGAAGCUGUUGAAGAUGGCUACAGGAAUGAGAGCUCUGCUGGACACAGUCAUGCAAGCUCUGCCUCAGGUAAGAGGCGGCACUCAUGCUGUAAAACGUAAGAUGUUUCUGUAACUGCCAGCCUGGUUUCCAGAUCUGAAGGACUGUAGACAGCUCGUUUUUCCUUGUGAUUUAUCAGGGCUGGCUCUGAGUCCCUCCCCACAUGAUUUACUAACAUCGUUGAACUCCCCCCAAAAGACUGUUCAGAGUAAAACCAGUGUCACCAAAUAAAACAUUCUAUUAUUAGCUAAAGGCUGAUCGCUAGUCUUUUAAUUUUUCAGAGUGGCUUUGGUGCCAUUGUUUUUCCUACUGGCUAUCUGUGAGGAGAUAAAAUAUGAGGCAGACAGUCCAGCCUGAGAGCUUAUCAUACAUAAAGACUCCACACAGCAAUUUAUUCUCCUUUGAGGCAGGAUUGUAAAACUCUGUCAAGUUAUCACAGCAGCAGUAUUUUUUCAGUUCAGUUUAAGUGCUCGCAGAGUAAAGAGUCAAAUUAACAGGAUGCUAAGAAUAAAUAUUGUCCUGGCAUGGACACAGUUUCAUAUCUGAUUGGCCAGAGCUGAGCAGUUCUGUAUGUGGUUUAAUGCCUGUUGAAAGCUUAUUCUGGUUGAGUAGGUAGAGUCAACAUCAUCAGUACCUUGAGCUGGUUUGGAUGUAGCUGGGUCUGCAUGUUUAGGGUGGCGCUGUAGAGUGGCGAUGCUGCUUAAGCUUUGUGAGAAGCUUUUGUCAGUCAAAAGUGAUGGAUGGUGCAAUGAGAGGGGUCUCCUCUCUGAAUAUAAGGUGGCCAAGGUAGCAAUCAUGAUUGAAGAAAUACAUCAAAUGAAAGGUAGGUCUAAUUUUUUGUGUUACCUCAGAGUUCUCAUUAGUAUGGAAGACGAGAACAGCCAUGGAUUUUUUUUAAUGCACUGUUAUCUCGUGAUAACGACUUGUUUUGUUAUCUUGAUAAAACAAAGUUUGCUUUCUUGUGGGACUCAGAUAAUUAUUUUCAUUAUCUCGACAUAAAAAAGAUCAUUAGCUCUUGGAAACAAGUUAUUUUGCCAACCUAAAACAUUAACUUUUAAACACACCCUCCAGAUUAGGAUAUUUUUCCACCAUGGGGCUGUGGUGUCGGGGUUUUCAAUAAAAUCGCUGACGUCAUGCUACAUUUUGCACAUUACACUUCCAGUGUGGGAACUUUUGACUGCCAUGCGUGAAUCGGACAAUGACAGUAACAAUAGCCAACACAAAUUUAAAUUAUUCUUUAUCAUGAGAAACGAUCUUUGUUAUGUUGAGAUAACGAAAAUGAAAUAAUUUGUUAUCACGAGAAAACCAACUUUGUUACAUCGAGAUAACAAGACAAGUCAUUAUCAUGAGGUAACAGUGCAUAAAAAAAAAAAAUUAAUGACCAUUCUCGUCCUCCCUAAAGUAGUAAUCUGAUCAAUGUGAUUUAGGUCAGCAGAUAAAUCCUUUAAUUUAAAAUGAAUGUGAUUUUGUCUCUUUACAAACUGCUGCCACCAUGACGGAAAAUAAUAGCACCACGCUCUUAUAAAGGGCCUAUUCCACUCCCAGGUGUCUCAGUUGACAAAGUUAUUUGCAAAAUUAGAAUACUGCAUGAGUUGGAGCUAUCUGCCAAGCUAAGCAUUCAGGUGCAGCUAAUCUGAAUGAUAUCAGCUGGUUUUCCCGUCCAAAAUGCUUGCAGAACGUUAAUUUGAAGUGCAGAAAUUAAUACACAGACUUGUGAAUGAAGCUAAUUUAAAGAAGCUAAUACAGGAUUUAAAACAGUUUUUACAUACGAAAUUGUGGUAAUUUAAUCAUUCAGUUAGUGAUGCAUUUGGUUGUUAUUAACAAGUAAAAUUCAGCAUUUUAUAAUGAUAAAAAUUGAUCUUUUGACAACUCAGUUCUUAUCUAAGUUUUCCUCGAGAAGUUAAUAAAAGCCCAUGUCAUCCAUCAAACAUAAGAUAGUUUAAAACUCUUUAAAUUAAUGAUUUAAAAGCCUUUCUGUAUACAGCCCAUGGCAAAUAUUAAUAUGUUUACACUUUGAACACAGCACCUUCUGAACAUGAGCAUUUCCACCCAAAUCACUACAAACUUUUUUUCCUCAGGAGCUUCUGUCAGAGGCACCCAAAGGUUACUUCAGUCCCUUGUUGCCUGUUUUCCACAGAAUAUAAAAGACCCACACAAAUGAGGCCAUUUAGUCCAAUGAAUACUCUGGAACUUUGAUGUCGUCUAAACUGUCGGGCAGACAGGUUUCCAUAUUCCUGCUGGAUUUAAUCCUCAUUAAAAAUUCUCAACAGGGCCUUAACUCUGCUGUCAGUCCAUCUGUUGUACUCUUUCUUCUGUGUCUGCAUUGAUGUGCUGAAGCGCAGUGAACCAAAAAAAAAUAAAAAAAUACACUCCGGGUUGAUGCUACAGAUUUAAAAAUAAAAAGGUAGCUGAAGGAAAAUGAAGGGAAGUCCCAGCCCAAAAGUUUCCCUUCUUUGAGAAGAGCUACCCCUGAGCAGGGACUCUUUUGGCCAUGGUUGGUACUUCAGCCACAUGUCUUUGUUUGGAAAGGCUCGGACUUCCUUGAAAUGUUCACUAUCUCUGGGGAAAGUUCCUGUAGUCUAAGCACGUUUUCAGACAUGACUGAACAUGAAUAGUCUAAAUAGUGAGUGGGGAAUUAGGAUAGUGUACUAGGAUGUUGGCUCUGGUGUAGAGGAAAUCUCCAGGAAGGAUCUAUUACAGCUCCUAGGCUCGGUCGACCCUCGGGGAAGUCAGUGAGUAAUGAGACAAUAGAGCAAGAAAGGAGGAGGGGGGGAGAGUGGUGCUGGGUAAAUGAGAACUAACAGGUAUUCAGUGGAAGUAGAUAAUCAAACAGUGGAGGUCCUGAUACUUAACUACAACUUCAUUAUAUGUGGUUUAAAUUUGCCUCCUGGCUUUGAAAGAGUAAGUCAGGAUUAUAGAGUACCAGCCCCCAUAGAUCCAAUGUUCACGCAUGUUCCUACAAACCACCGAGAAUCUCUAGAGUAGCAGAGCUCCCCUGAGACCCCCGCGCUGCCUUCCCACCCACGAAUAAUGCCAGUUGUCUUUGAAGUGAUGGAUCAUUCUUGGGGUUUGAACCCUGAUCUUCGCAGCGCUGCACUUUGUCUGAAAAUUCUCCAUACUUCUUACCAUGAGGGAAGGAUGCCAAGCCCCUGAAAAUUGCUCUCUGAUUGGAAUAAACAGGACGGUUUGUGGUUCCCAAGGACUGGAUCCAGGCUGUUACAGUGCACUUCUGUUUCUCUGACUUCAACUCUAAGACAUAAUUGAACUCCAGAUAUUAGGAUGGCUUCUUGUAGCUAGUAAAAUGUAUUAAACAUCAAUGCAGUAAAACUUAGCAGUCUCUGUCUAUAGCCUCUUUCUAUCUGUUUGCAUGCGUACGUCUCUUUCGAUGUAUACUGUACAUGUCUUUAUUUUUCUGUGUAUCAUACACUGUAUAUAUCUGUGUGUGCGUGUAACAUGUCCGUCUAGGUGGGGAAUCUGGGUCUGCUCUUCAUGUUGCUGUUCUUCAUCUAUGCAGCUCUGGGAGUUGAGCUCUUUGGAAAACUGGGUUAGUGUGUGUGUGCUAGACAUGCAUGCAUGUGCCUGAGUGAGUGUGUGCGUAUGUGUGUGUGGGUGUGAAAAUGUGCAAGCAUGUGAGUGUGUGCAUGCAUAAAAAUUGAUGCUGAUGUGUGUGUGUGUGUGUGAGCCACAGCUGACAGUGGUGAGAUAUUGGUGGAUUACGUAACAUACAUAAAUUGUGUUGUUACUUACAUUAAUUAUGUCAAUUUCGAAUCAGUGCUGUAAUCAGCGCUGUAAUCUGCACACAAUUCUUCUCCUUCUUCUCCCCCCCUUAUCUUUUACUUUCACACUCACUUCCUCUUACACUCUUUACCCUUCUCUUCAUCCUCUUUCAGAGUGUUCAGAAGAAAACCCAUGUGAGGGUCUUAGUCGCCACGCUACCUUUGACAACUUCGGCAUGGCUUUCCUCACACUCUUCAGGGUGUCUACCGGGGACAACUGGAAUGGGAUUAUGAAGGUUAUUUUCCCUUUCUCUCCUCUGCUCUGUGGGAGUUUUUGUAAAGAAGAUGGAUGGAGGAAGAAGUCUGUCUUUGUGUCUUUGCAUAUGUGUGUGUGUGUGUGUCUGGGAGCAUCGCUUAUGAGACAGGCGUAGCAUUAAGCAGAGAGAAGAUCACUGUUUUUAUGACAGACUAAAAGCUGCUGACAUUAGAGGGUUAGAAAAGUAUAUUACUCUUCUGUGACAGGUUGGAGGCUUGUUCACACUCAAAUCAACAUCUCCCCCUGUUGGAGUAAAGAGAAAGUGCAGCAUAGUGGAAUAAUAGAUCACCUUAAAUACCUCUAUCUAAUAUCAUCCUUCCUCAAUAAGCCUAAUCCUCUUUUCUCACAUUUGUUGACCAGGACACAUUACGGGAGUGUCGCCCCCGGGACCGCCACUGCCUCUCCUACCUGCCCCUGAUUUCCCCUGUUUACUUUGUCACCUUUGUCCUCACGGCUCAGUUCGUUCUGGUCAACGUAGUCGUAGCCGUUCUCAUGAAGCACCUGGAGGACAGCAACAAGGAGGCGCAGCUGGAAGAGAUGGAGGAGAGAGAGGAGAAGAGGCUGAGGGAGGAGCAGGAGGAGGCCAACCGGCGUCAGAGCAUGGCGUCCUUGGGCGGAGACCUGCAGGGCCCGAGUGCUGACACACCUGCCCAGGUAACACACACAGCCUGCGUGUUCACAUUUCUGCACGUGUUAUUAAAGGGGAGCUGGCGUGGAGGUGACAAAAACUAUGACAGUAACGUUGACUUCAUAUGGCAGGUGCAGGUGGAGGAUGAGGAGUGUUCCCAUGGCAACCUACAGAGCAUGGGACGCAUGCUGUCUCUCCCCAGCGACAGCUACGUUCAGCCACUCAGAUGCUCCCCCUAUCCUCUUAUUGGCCAGGAGUCUUACUCCAUCUACAGCUACUCAGGUAGUUUGGCUGUUAUUUUCCCAUAUAGCCAAUUAAAUUAAAGAACAGUUUUCACUCCGCUGGAACCACCAACUGAUGCUGUAAAGAUUAUUGCUUCCUGGAAUAGCAGAGAAGCCAGUUAAAGUGUGAUGAGGUACGACCGGAGGCAGUGUCAUUAUAGACCUCAAGGAGAGAGAGAGAUUUUUUAAUGUUAGUGACAAUUUGGCAGAAUUAGUGUACGCCCAUGAAGCAUAUGUUUUUUUCAGUGCUGCUGCUGCUUCUAAAAUCCAAGCCUCAGUAUUUUCAAUUUUGACAUCUCACUGGGGGGCAAUUUAGGAUAGUCUGGUUAAAAUUGCAAAUCCAGUCAAGUGCUAAAAAUCUUGCUCUCAGUUUUGACUCGCUCUGUGAUUUUGGGGCUUUUUUUUCCCUAUCUUAUCCCAGUCUGUUAAAAAUACUUGUGUACCAUCUUCAUCCCACUCCUUUGUAGUGUUGUAGUGUUUUCACAUCACAAUUAAAAAACUGAUUUUUAGGAUAUGACUUGGAAGCCGUUUGAUGUAAUAUACUGAAUUUUCUUUGAUUAUUUUGUGUUCUUGCCCCUACAUAGUGACUUUUAGGGCCCAAACAACGCUGCAAGCCCUAUUGAAAUUGCAGAAAUUAUUAUUAUUAUUAUUAUUAUUUUAUUUAUUAUUUUUUUUAUAUAUAUAUAUUCUUUAUUAUCAUUAUUAUUAUAAAAUUUAUUUUUCUUCAACUUUUUCACCCUCUAGAUGGGCUCGAAAACUCGGGCCCGUCUCAAAUUCACAUAUUUUGCCAUGCCCCUAUAUAUAUGAAAAUAAUGGCUUUCUAGCGCACCCUACAGUUUUAAUGCUCUGGAAGUUUCCUGUAUAACUUCCCAAAUACUGGUUCUGACUCCACAAGAUUUUUCUCAUUUGAUUACGGUCCAGCACCGCACAAUUUGACAUGAAACUUUUAUCUGUAUGUUAUAGCGCCACCUGGUGGCAGAGGGGAAUGCGUUUUUCUGUGAAUGGCCUGUAACUCCUUCUUUAUUGAUGGGAUGCAGCUGAGAUUUGUUCAGGACACACCUGAUAGGGUUCCAGAUAGCCUAGAAAAUCAGUACCUUGUUACGUUAAAAUGCGCCUAGGUGGCGCUAUGAAAUGUCUCUAAAAAUAAAUAGCAAUCUGUGAUAUUGGUAUAGAUGUGCAUAGAAGUUAGGUACACAGAUCAGGAGGGGCGUCCUCUUGAGGGCUCCAGUGUCAAAAUGGAGGUCCAAUUAAAAAUGGCUAUGGAAUCAAUGGCACUUAUGUUGGACCCCAAGACGAACAAAAGAAGGAGGGGGUCCACAGAGGUGGCGGUGCGACACGGCUUGGGCCUGUUGGUGCCUUGUUAGUGUUUUUUUUUUUUGCAGAAUGUGACUUUAACCUUGUGUUGAAUCUAGCUCUUCCCCUCAAUCUAUCUCGUACUCUGAUGUUGUGCUGUCUGCAGCAUUAAUAGUCAAUCCACACAGUUAGAAACAGGUCAGGUGUCUGCAACCAGCCAGCAAGCAGCCUCCAGAGCAGGCAGGGUAAAAUAAAGAAGGAUUAAAGAAGACAACAGUAACAAUGGAGAGACCCCUUAGAGCUAGUUCAGGCAUGCAGCUCAAGCCUGCACUGAUUUCACACUUGGCAUGCUUCACCUCACAAACACCUGAAGAUGUAGCCCUUCAAUUUGGCGGUCUAUUUAAGCUGCAAGAUGCUCGGUCUAUCCCUCUGCUCCGUCACUGCCCCGUGUCGGCCUCACUUUCUCCUCAGCAUCCACCUGCAGGCUCUAAUAGAGGGAGUUAACGACAUUACCACAUCACUCCUCAAACGUCUGCAUGUAAAACAAAUCUACCAAGAGUGAUGAGGUUAAAGCUGAGACGCCGUUUACUUCUUUCCCUGUCCUCUCUGCACUAUUAAUAGGGAAAUUACAUCUCGCCUCCCUGUAAUCUCACAGAGCGCGGCCCAUUCGUAAUGACUGACUUUCCAUUAUAAAAAGCCCCAGAUACAUAUUUAAAUAUCUUUUAAAAAUGAGUAGAUCUUCUCUUAAACAGCAGGGUGCUGCGGCUUUCCUCGAACAUUACUCAAACCGCCAAACAGGGGAGUAUUAUCAGGGGUGUAUUUUCAGCUGCAGAUUGAUUCAUAUUUACUUCAUCAGUAAUUAUUUACUGUUGCAGGUCUGUGUAUGAGCUGCAGACUCAAAAUAAACCACACUGUUUAUAUUGAUGUUAAUGAGGGAAGGUGUCAGCCUGUGCAAAAAGCCACUCACUGAGGAGUUUCAGGUGUUUGUACAGAAAAAGGAGUUGUCAGCACAAACAAUGAGCUAUAUCAAGCUUUACAAACACCGUUUGAGCUUAUUAGUAAGUCUUAGGAGUUCUUUACGAUAAAACUCCAAAGCUGUGUUAUCACUGGAAGUAUUUGUGACUUGAGGCCAAGGAGCUUAGUUUUUAGGGAUUAAAAGUUUUCUCGUCUGCAUGUUUGUCUCAGUUUCCUUUGAGAUCUUAAAACCUGGAAAGUGAAGGCAAACUAGUCUGUGAAUAUAAGAAGAGUCUCCUCGGUGUUGCGAGUAUUGGACCUAUCUCAAAUAUGCAGUGCAGGAAGUACUACCUCUAAAGUUUGUGUACUUAUAGAAGUCUCUGAUGACUACAUAGACCCUAUGUAGAGACCCUUUUCUUAUACUGAGCACUCCCUGAAAUUCCUGGGCCUGAAUCAAGGUUUCUUGAGACUUUCUGAAAGUGUCUUCUGCUUAUCAGAAAUGCUCUCUCAGUUUGAGUAAGUUACACAGUGAAGUAAUUAAGACAUAACAUAACAAUAUAGUUGCAUGAUGAUGGGUUUCAUAUUUUUUAAGGGACAUCAUUUUCAUAAAAUUUUAGGUUUCUGAAAUUUAAAAGCUGAUGGUGUGCUUGAAUGUGAGGGGGGCUGGCUUUAGUAUAUAUCACUAUGUUUGAAAUCCAUAACCAAAGCUUAUUAUGGUUUUUCUUUAUUCAGAGUGUCUUCUUUGCCACAUUAUUUUCUGCAGGCUCCAUGUCAUCUUUAGGCUCCAGUGGCGGCGGCUCUCUGCUGCAGGUUCCUGGAGCUCUGCCGACCAUCAGCCAUGCCUCCCUGGGAUCUGGACGCAGCAGCAGGCCGAAGAUCUUCCUCAGCACGUCUCAGAGCAUCGACAGGCACUCUUCAUACAGGCUGAGUCCCACUAACAGCAUAGAAGGAUACAGGUUUAGCCCGGCUCACAGGAUAAACAGACACAGACUCAACUCUGCACACAGUAUCGAUGGAUACAGGUUCAGUCCAGCUCACCGGAUUACCAGACACAGACUGAGCUCCACUCGGAGCAUGGACGGAUACAGGCUGAAUCCAGACCACAGCUCAGACAGACCUACACUCAUGUCCAGUCACAGUAUAGACAGACACUCCUCGCUCAGGCUGAGCCCCACACACAGUGCCAGCAGACGUCAUUCUCACUGGCUCAACCCUGAAGACAGUCUGGACAGAAACAAGCUGAGUCCGUCCUACGUUCCAGAAAGUUCAGCCCUGAGGAGACCCUCGUCCCUUCGUACUGCGAGCAGACAGCUACGGAGACAGGUUUGUUGUUGUCCAAUUAUUUCUCCCUGCCUUAUACUGGAACUGUAACAAACAAUAAUUUCAUUUUUCAUCUUUGGUCCCACAGAAUUAUUUCAAUAACUAUUUUAAAAAAUCAUCAAAACCGCACAAAGUCUUCAAAUAGUUACUUUUUCCUCCCAAUAGACUCAAACCCAAGACUUGUUAAUUACCUCCAGAUAAAAAGGAGAAGCUGCAAAUCAUUGCUUCAAACAGCUGCAACCUGCAAACGUUGACAUUUCUGCUUUAGAAACAACUAAUUUAUAAUUUAAAGCUGCUGUGAGGAGUUUUUAGCCGGUUAUAAAACAGACAGAAAUUAAUAUUGAUGACUCUGAAUGACCAACUCAGGCAAACAAAACCAUCAAGGACAUGAGUGAUAUUUUUGAUAAAGUCAUUUUGAAUUUCAGCGCAGGUGUCAAACUUUUUUUUUCACAUUUUCUACAAAAAAAGAUUGAUAUUAAAUAAGUGAAAGGGAUUUUUAAUUAGAAAAAGAAAAACUCUCAGAAUCAACAAAAGGUAAGAGGGGGUACUUAAGUCAAAGCAAACUCCAAUUUCUUCACUGGAGCUUAAAUUUUCUCUUUGUCUGCAAACUCAUAAAUGAGAUAUGAUUGCAGUUGCACUGAAUCUUUUUCCUUUUCGGUUUCUUAAGCUUAAAUUCAGUCGUAUAUUGUCUUGCUUGAAUUGAAUUCUAAUUUUCAUUUGCAACACGUGAUUUUACGUUCUUGAAUUGCCAAUUUAUCUAUUUAUCUGUUAUCAAUUUGCCCACUCAGUUCAGAAACAGAGCAGACUCUUGAGUAUGCUAGGUGUGAAAAUCAUCACAGAGUAAUUAGUAGCUGAUGACCCAUGUUGACAUGGGGAAGCUGACUCGUCUCAAUGGUUCAGUCAUAUAUUCCAGGUGCAGAGGCUACAGUUGUCAUAGCUACCAUCAUGUUAUUUGCCACAUGUCAUGCCCGACCCCCUUUAGCCUCUUUCCUACUGUUGUCAUAUCUUUCUAAAAAAGACAUAAGGCUCACGAAAAAUGCAAUUAAAACAAAGUGAACCAACACAAAGUAUGUCUUGAAUGAGACAUAACACAUCAAAGUAACCCAAACACAGCAGCAAACUACCUCCUUUUAAAUCUAGAGGAUGAGAAAUGAUGAGAAAUGACUGUAAGGAAAGCGGACAGACAUGCAAAUAACUAGUAAUUUUUAUUUAAACCCUUUGAGACAAUGAAGGUGAAUGAAUCACAGUUGGAUUAUGAUCUUUUUAAACGUUCUCCAACAGUUCAGACUGUUUCAGAUAAAAAAAAUUCAUCUUGGUGUACAUUUACAUUUCUGUCUCGAUUAGCUUUUACUUUUUCCUGAAGUAACUGCUUCCACUUAAAAACAAUACGUGCAUGAGAAAGAUGCACACCUUCAGUGACACAGAGGGGACAAAGAGGCACAAAUCUAAGUGUGUGUUGAAUGUCAGUAGAAUAAUUAAACCUAAAGAAAUAGGUUGCAUUUUCAGCACUGAGACAGUUGGUCAUCAUAACAGAUGCCUUUAGGACAUCCGGCUAAAAAAUGCUGGGUGCAGUGCUUGAAUAGCAGUCCAAGAAAAAUAAUUCCCCCGAUACGCCAUGUAGAUGAUUAUAAAUUAAGUAAUGAAACAAAUAACUUCACUAUUGCCGAAUAGAAACAGAAACUGCAGCCACUGGUCAGAGAUGAAGCAAUGUGUCACUCAAACAUUGCUGUUAGAGUGAUUUUCAUGGUAAAAACACCCAAAACAUGAACAGAGUGGGAACAUGGAGGUGUUUAAUUCACCGUACCGGAGCACUUCACAUGACCUAUGAUUGCACACAGCUAGAGCACUGACACACUGCUGAUUUCUGAUUUGAGCCUGUGAGUGAGAUGCAUGCAGAUGCCUUCAGAGUCACUGCGCCUGUAAUUGCACAGCUAGAGCCACGGCUUAGUGCGGAGUAGAAAAGUAAAACAAAAGGCUUGUUUUUUUUUUUCUUUUUUCUUUUGGCAAUCUAAAAAAAAAUGAUUUAUGAUCCUCGAUCUGUUCUCCAAACUGAUGAGAAAUCAGUCAAGAUCAUCUUGACCUCACUUGUCUAUAUGUGCAUUAAAAGAGUCUCUGUUCUGGUUUUUACUCUGAGCAUUAACUGUGAAGAUUUCUCCUCCUGUCAUAGUUCAGACAAAGUUAAAGGGACAUUCCAGUGUAAAAUUAAUUUAGGGUCAAACGCACUGUAACACAGAUUUAGACACCCCCUUGAGAGAUUAAUGUUGCCAACCACUUGGGUCUCUAGUUAUACCAACUUUAGUAACAACCCCACAAAGCAAUACACAGCGGUCUGAGGAGCCAUAAACAAACCUCAACCAAAACACCACUCUAUAGCCACAAAUAAUGCUCAGAACAGCACCUAACUUCAUCAACAGUACAUAUAGGGUCCCAGCUAUAGUUCUAGCCACCAAACAUCUUUUUAGCUUUGCCUAAUUUCUUAAGCAAAGAGACUAAACACAACUCAUCUACUCUCUUCCAGCAGCCGCUUGUUUGUAGCGAGACCUCGGGCCAGUCCAUUAUGGACUGCAACGGGGUGACACAGCUCAAGGAAGAACAUUUAUGAUCAUUACUUUAUGGAAACGCAAUCAGACCAAGACGCUAAGGCAGAAGAACUACAGCUUCUGCAGUGCAAAAUGAUUAAUAUAAUGAUUAUUACUUCAAGAAAAUGAUAAAGUACUGUUGAUGAAGUUAGGUGCUGUUCUGAGCAUUAUUUGUGGCUAUAGAGUGGCUUUUUGGUUGAGGUUUGCAUAUGGCUCCUCAGACCGCUGUGUAUUGCUAUCGUGCGGUUGUUACUAAAGUUGGUAUAACUAGAGAAGCAAGCGGUCAGCAACAUUCAUCUCUCUCGGGGGUGUCUAACUCUGUGUUACGGUGUGUUUGACCCUAAAUUAAUUUUACGCCGGAGUAUCCCUUUAAUUAUAAAUAAAGACAGUAAGGAUGAAUACAGAAAUCCGACUCUGACAUUUCACAGAAGUAGCCUCUAAACUACACUUCAUUAAAGUUCCCUUUUUUGGUUCUUCUUGUUCAAGCUCGACUGAUACAAAAAAGCAACAAUGCCCAUAUUAUGUGUUUCACUUGACUCAGCAACUCAGACUGCUCCAGCUUUAGAUCACUUUCAAGGCUGCUCAGAACAGAAGAAUACAGAACAGAACUAGAUUUUUCCCCUUGAGUCGAAUUACUCCAAGAAGAGAUUGAACAAGACAAUGUGUUUUUCUGUGCUGGUGGGAGUCUAUUUCCUACAACAUUUUGAACCCAACACAAAAUCUCUAUUAAGUUGGUGUUCUUGUGUUUGUGUCCGCAGGAGGCGGUGCGCUCUGACUCUGUGGAUCAAAGCGGCUCAGCUGAUGAUCUGGUAGAGACGCGCCUCGCAGUUCCAGCUGUCUCCCCGACACCGCCACGCCAGCGAUCAUCCAGUGUGCACACACUGAAAUAUGCACACGCCCAGAGGGUCAUCCCAUGCAGGGGCCACAGUCAGAGCCACAGUGAAACCGCUGGGCAGGAACAGGUACCUGAGCCUGCCGUCUGUGGCUCACAAACAGAGGUGGAGAAGAGGCCCGCCAGCACGCAGAACCUCUCAAGUCUGAAGGUCCCCGGCGGUGACUCCAAUCUUUCAGCAUCACCCAGCUCCGGCUUGGACUCUAGCCCCCAUUUAGACGCCGCUGAUGAGGAAGUGAGCCACAUAAACAGUUCUGUUCACACACACUCACACACACAACCUCCCCCCGGCUCUUCACACAAAAGUAGGCUCCUUUCUCCGAGCCCAGGGGAGCACCGGAGACGCUUCAGCCAAUCAGUAUCUCCAGUGUCCGGCAGGAACAGGAAGCAGAGGGUGAGCCCGCCGCCAGGAGAGGAGCCUGUCACUAUAGCAACCCAGCUGAUGGACAGCAGUGUAGAGCUGAGGAGGCGGACUCUGUCGUUUGAUGCCACAACCCUCUCUCCUAAUCACCCAGAGGAAAGUUCAGUGGACGACUAA